GGCAGCCUGCUUGCGAGAAGCGGGAGGCGAGUACUAGGGCGCUAGAAGCAUGCUCCCAGCCCAGCUCAGCCAGCAGAUGAACUGCAGAUCACGGGCUCAGGAUUACAUGCAAGCUGCACAGACACUCUGCUGCUCUAUCUAACAGUCAGGUAGGUCCUUCCCAUUCACCUGCACAGAGCUGCAUUGACUUGGACUGGCGACCAACUUUCUACCUCUCAUAGCCCAUGCUAGCCCCGAGGCAGGAUUAUUCUCAGUAUUGCAAUGCCUUGAAGGACCCUGGAAAGUUAAUGGCAAACUCCUAAUUCUUUGCUGAUCUCUCAUUUUGGCACAUAUGGACUUUAAUUCAAACUCAGCUGAUGAUGUCUUUUGCUCCUUUUUGAUUUUGGAGAGUUUCAUCAUGUUAAGGUGGCAAUAUAUUUUUGGGAUGAUGGAUGCCUCCACACUGCCUUGUGUCUUAAAAUCAGAUUCAUCUCGCAUUUUGUAGCCUGUAACCUGGCAUAUAAUGUGUGAUAGGAUGUGCUGUCUUCUCAAUGUAGAUACAGUCUAGUCACAGGGGAGUCUAUGCAAUCAAGUUUGGGUACAGAUGUAUCGACUUGCACAUUGCUGUCAACUCGCUGGUGUGAAUCGCUGGAUAAUGAACACAUUCCCAUGUCUUUCUCAGGGGAACAUAGUUUAUUACAGAGCUUUACACACACACACUCAGCUCAGGGGAUCUGACAGAAUUGGGGUGCUAUCCAAAGCCCCAGCUUCCUCAGAGCUUGAUACUAAAGAGCAGAUUAUUUUGCAUGAUCUCAUACAGUCUAAGCCUUGUUAUACAGUGAGUAAAAUAGAAAUGUACCUCGAUCACAUAUGACUUCCUUUUAAAUGACCUAUGUCUUUUUUUAUUUUACUCUUUUGGUCUUCAGCUCAUUCUAUUUUUGCAAAUAAAACAAAAAAAUAACAACGCACACCUCAAAUAAAAAAAAACAAACAUUAGCUCUUAUUUAAAAAAAAAUAAAAAUGUGUUAAUGUCUUUUUUUUUUUUUCAAGACAACGAAUUCUGUUGUUUCAUUCAUUUUAUAGUGUUCUUAUUAAUGUACAAAUAGUCUCCUUAAAGUGAUUUAUGCUUGGAAAAUAAAUGACAAGCCAUUUCUAAAAGCCAUUUUAAUGCAUACAUAAAUAUUUCGCUUGCCAUCACACAUGCAGGUGCUGUAAAUCUUGGAUAUAGCUAAUACGUUUAUACACAUAAAUCUUUAAACAGCUUGCAAAUCACCAGGUAAUGAAUGAUACAUCAGACAAAUGUGACUGCCUUCCGAUCAGCUUCAUUCUAGGAAUGCAUGUCCUGCUAAGAGUUUAUUGUACAGUAUACAGUUUAAUAGAUCUAAGCAUUGAUGCAUCCAUGAGAAGGACAGCAGGUAAUUGGAACUUUGGGCAUAAAGAAAUGAAAAAUAUAUUUAGUUAUUUUUAGCUUUAAGAUGUUAGCUGCUUCCUCUAAAGAAGAGAAUAUCCUACUUAAGCACAUUUCAUUGCUUUUAAUUUGUAGCAGUUUAGUAUUACAGAAACUCCUUUGCCAAUUAAGACCUUCUUUUUUUUUUUUUUUUAUAAUUUUGUUGGCUGGUAUUGAUUCUUCUGCAAACUUUAUAAACUCUGGCAGAUUGGCACAAUAUUAAGGUGUCAGAGGUUGACUUGAGUGCAGAUUGGUGAUGCGCAAAAUUAAUCAGAGCUCCAAUGAUCUAGCCUGUGAUGAUGACACAGACCUUGCUAACAAUUAUAGAUAAAAUUAGGAGAGUGCGUUAAUUUAUGGAGCUUCAGUUCCAAUUGUGAGGACAUUUGACUUCAACACCCUGAAUGCUCUUCCAGCUGUUGCGCAGCAAAGUAUUGUGGGAAUUGUUGUCCAAAACAUCUGGGGAGGUGGGAGACAGCUGCUGCAGUUGGUCCUCACCCCAGGAUGAUUUUAUUGAUUAAGGUUAUUGAUUACAUGAAAUUGACUUUCUGCUCAUGCAUUCCUAUAGGCUGGCUGUUCACUGGUCCUGGGGACACGAAAGAGUACCACGGUGUGCAGGCCACUGGACAAAAGCAUGCAACCGGAGGAUGUCUAAGGCUGUUGGGGGCUGCAGAUUUUCCCCUUGUCAAGGGAUCCCUAUGGGAAUGCUUGCCCUGUGGUGUUCACUAAGCUUUUUCCUGGUGACUGUGAGUGGAGUCCCAGCAGCCAGGCUACCUAUCACAGAGGCCAAGGAGGACAGAGGGAACAGAAAAACUGCAGGUAAGAAGGAAGGGACAUGGGAACACCCUUUAACAGUUUACUCUUGGUUUCGCAAACAUGCACAUGUGUUCUAGCCUGGGAUUGAAAAAUCUUUUUUUUUUUUUCUGUUGCUGUGAUUGUACGGAGGUCAUGGUUUGUUUGACAUGGAGCCUGCUUAUGGAUUGAGCUGUUCUUGUGAAAUGCAAAUGUGUGUGUUGUUUCUGGUGUGCCCUGUGAGAAUAGCAGGGGGGAUAUUGUUUGAGGACACUAAUUAAUCAUUUGGGUAGUUAAGUUGCACAUUAACUCUUUACUGGUUAAUAGAACCUUGCAUUGAAUUUUAAAUUGAUUUUUGCAUCGAUCAUUUGUGCAGAAUGUUGUAAUGCACUCAGCUGUGAAUGGACAAUGGUACAUUUAGAUUUUGGAGCAAAAGAACAUUGUCAAAAAAGGAACAGGGGGUGUACACGCACAACGUGUUAUAAGUCUUAGUGUUUUUCAGGAGAAAACCAUCCACAGUUGAUUGUGUGAAGAUUAGGCACUAAAGUGUGAAAAAUGUCAACGUGACAUUAUUUGUCAGAUUAUUGGGCAAUUUAUUGGAAAUUUUCAUGUAAAGAUUUAAGAGUACAGAACAUAAGGAAUCAUCCAUACAAAUAUCAGUCUAAUAAGUACCAUUUGUACAAAUAAAAUAUAAAUUAUGUAAUUGCUUAAAGUGUCGCCCCACUCAUUUUCACAAUGUGUAUUUGUAAAUCUCACAUAAAGUAAACAUUUUUCGACCUGGGCAUUAUUCAGUAAACUGAGAAUUAAAUUACCUGAAUUGGAGAAUGUUUCCAAUUAUCAUAAAAUUAGCAUUUCUCUUGUCAGGUGGAUUCUCAGUUUAGUGAAUAAACCCUUUUUUAUCAUCAUCAUCAUCGUCUUUGUGAUGGUCUACUGAGUUUUGUUUUUUUCUGUCUAACACUGUGGUAUACCGCAGUAUACAUUGCAGUUAUAUUUCACUUUUGUCUCAUUAAACCCCCUCGCGGUUUGUUAAUGACAGCACAUACCUUCAUAUGAAUUGUACUUGCUUGUUGCCUUUAUAGAUCACUUUGUCCUUCACCAGUUCCCUAACUAUCUACCAUACAGUUUGCACCUUGGUGAAUACAUUUUUUUACAUGGUUAAUGAAGUUGGUUUCUUAAGAGACAUGUCUUGUCUCUAUUCUGGGAAGAUCUCAUAAGACGUUUAUUUACCUGUGUCUUUUUCAAGUACAAUCCAAUUAAUGUAUGAAAAGACAGUUUUCUUAUCUUGUCUUUUAUCUAGAACAAUUGUCCAUUUGGACAAAAUAUUCACAUACUGAUUGUGUUAUGUCUAGUUUUUUCCAAAAUCUGCAACACUUUAUCUUUGCAGAGUCAUUUGCGUGCACAAAAUUCCAGGUGAUCUCUAGAACAGUGACUUUUGAGCCCGUGGGUCAGGAUUCAAACUAAGGUCCCCCUAUGAAUUUCAGUAGGUCCCCAAAGUCCCCAGACAACAGCCCAGAAUAAAUGAAUCAAUUAGUGCAACAGCAUUGCCCUCCCUAGUGCAACUGACUAUAUCUGUAACACUGCUAACAAACUGAGUGUUUUGCUGGACACAAGUUUGCUAUGUUUUAUAACUGUUGUGGAUGACAUAAUUGAUAUAAUAUUAAAAUUAGAGAAGGGGUCACAAGCUUUAGACCAUCCACCUAAGCAGGUCCCUGUCAAAAAAGGUUAAAAGUCGUUGCAAAAGACACACCGGUACCUUUCCACAUUCAUUUGAUAAAAUACUAUCACAGAUGAAAGUAAUGUGGAAAUGUAUUCGCUCUGUUAAAAUUGCAAAACAAAACAGAAAGGUUGGUUUGUUCACAAUCAGUUUGUUUGGAAAGUUAGUUUUGUAAAUGGUUAAUUUUAUGUGUAGCCCCAGCAUCUAUUAAUGUGCUCAAAAUGUAUCGUGUUUGAGGGCUACUGUAAAAUCAGCAUGGCUGUACUUGUUACCUUCACUUUAUCAUAUAUUUUUUUUCAGAAGACGCAAACACCAUGUAUUUUAAAAAAGUUGUUAAACUUUGGCCAUGCUUAAACUGGAGCAGUCAGUGAGAACGUUCCUUUUGGUUUUCACUGUGAUUGCUCCACAUUUAGGAAUUUGCACCUAACAUAACCCUCUAUAACAUAAGGACUGCUUUACUGAGUGGAAACAAGGCAUCUUGGCAUUUUAUACAUAAAAUACCAUGCUUUCGCAGUGCUGUUGGCUGAGCAAUGUGGGAAUUGUAGUCCGUAGCUGUUUGGAGUGACAGAGGAUGGAUGGAAUGCAGUGUGGCUCUUGAAAGUAAAUGCUCCAUCGACAGAUAGUUGCAGUGAGGUGAAUUGCACCUUUGUUUUUUGCCUUUCUUUAAGCAGAGACUGUGACAGGCAGUGCUGUCAUAAAAUAAUUACCUCUACCUUUGUCGGGAAGAAAGUGAGCCUGCUGAAAUCAAUGUGAAUAAAAGAGUAAUUACUGCCUUCUGAGAAUUGGGAUAAAGCAUGCUUUAGGCAUAUUGUACUGUUCCCGUUAUAUCCUAUUUUUACACGAAAAAAAUGUUACAUCAUUUAAAUAUAAUAUGCCCUGGGUGGGUGUACAAAGGUACGCUUUGUGUCCAUCAUUAAAUGCUUCUCCUCGUUUUGUGGGAAAUGCCAUCGCUAAUAAGGUUUUGCCAAUCUGCAAGCAUCAACUACCACACCUAUCACAUUCAGCCAGAAGGUCUAAACCCUUCCAAAGGUCUGCAGGUGCUCUAAUUGUCCAUUGUUGGCAUUUUAUAUGACUUUCUGUAUUCUUAAAAACGUAAGAUACGUAUCUAUGACUAAUGCACCCUUUUUAUAUAAGAAAAAAACCAAAAUGCAAUAUUCUAGUGAUACUUGACUUAAUUAUGUUCAGCAUUUUAUAAUUUUGCUUACAUUUAUUAUGUUUAUUUGUAUUGUCUUCAGCUCUUUGUGUGAUAUUGGGCAUGUAUUCAAUAAAUAGCAAUUUGUGGAGACUUACAAACUGAUUUCUAAACAUAUAACCAGAAUAGAUUGUUGGAAAAACUACCCAACUCAGCUAAAUGGAUAUUUUUUUCCAAUGCAACUAUUUUAGCCUCAGUCCUGCAGCUCUCGAGUCACCACAACUUGCUGUUUAGUGACUAUGCCCCAAUUAAGGUAAAUGGAUGCACAGUGCUUUUAAGUGGUUUAUUCUCUAAAUGGUAAAUUUUGGUCAUAUGACAUGGGAUUUUUAAAUGUAAGCCAAUAUAACAAAUAUUAUAUAUAUAUAUAAACAAAAUCUCCAACUGAGCUUUUUCCAGUUUACUAUUUUUACCUACUUCUCCAAAUCCCAUUAUCAUUUUAUCACAGUUCACUUUAUAGCAGGCCUGUCCAACCUGCGGCCCCCCAGAUGUUGCUGAACUACAACUCCCAUUAUUCUUUCAAUUAAACAGAUUGCCAGGGAAUCAUGGGAGUUGUAGUUCAGCAACAUCUGGGGGGCCGCAGGUUGGACAGCCCUGAUUUAUAGUAAAUACGUCCCUAAAUGGUAUUCAUUUACAUGUAAAAUGUGUGUCUGUGAUAUGAGCCCCCCUCUCUCUGUCUGGCUCUGUCUCUGUUUCCCGUAGUGGUUUUGUCAGUAUUAAUUAAAUAACAGCAGUGUAUUGAGACAGAUUAUGUAUCCUCGCUUGUUAGAAUGUAUACAAUCAGCGUCUGACAUGCUAAGUGCCAGUUCAUUGCUGAUUUGUGUUUGAUCUUCGUCUUGAGACAUUGUGACACAGGGUUAAUAUUUGGCCAAGCCCAUACCUUGCAAGUAGGAAAAUUCUGCUGUGGGUCCUGGAAAAAUCUAGAGCCUGGGGAGUAAAAAAUCAUACAUUUUUUUUUUUCUGUUUAAAAUUGGUGUCACUUAAUGAUGGUCCUCAGCUGCCUGCCCCAUCCUGUGUUUAUUUUAUCGUGGUUCUGCAAUGGAACUAGUGUGUGUGUGUGUGUGUGUGUGUGUGUGUGUGUGUGUGUGUAUGUAUAUAUAUCCUUGGUGUAUAUAGGUGAUUCCUCUACACAAAUUAAUGACACGUGGCAUCUAAAUUAUAGUGUAAAUUACAUUGCGACUGACAGACGUGUUAACAAAGGCUAGCAAUCAUUCCCAAAACGUUUAGUUCAUUCCUCAACUGUGGAUAAGCCAAUUAUGCAUAGUUCUGCUUUGACAACAUAAUGGCUGUAUAAAUAACAUGCGAUGAUGGAGCAAUAUGGGCAGAGCUUUAACACCAGCACAAAGCUCUAAAGGAUUGGAUAAAGCCAGGCUGACCAAAACAAUGCCCCUCGCCAUCAUGGCUGUGCGUCAUGAGAGCUGUAGGCUGUGGGCAAAUCUGUGUGCAAAAGGUUACAUUAUCAUGUUUAUAUUUAAACACCUAGAACAUUGUGAUCUUUCACUUAGACACCCACCCACUGGAUGGAAAUGAGUAGGCAUCCUUAUUAUUCGUGGCAAUCGAAGGGUUAAGUUCCUGACUCACUCGAAUAUAUGUGAUAUAAAUCUUACUCCAACCUCUGCUCUGAAGGUUUGCACUGUUAUUAAGCAUGCAGUAUUGAGCAGCUACAACUCCUGAUGUAGUUCGUUGGCAGUUUGAGAAUGUAAUACAGACACAUCCAGUCCUGACGGUCCAGAUACUGAUGCACUACAUUUCCCAGAAUGCUCUGCCUGCUGCCACCCUGUCCUAUAAUGUAUAUUUGGAACAACACCAUCCUGUUAUAGGUAGGGUGGUGGAUUAAAGGUUGCCAGAAAACUCAAAGAAAAUCCUUCUUUUUCUUUUUUUUCUAAGCAUUAAGUUGGAUUGCAUGAAAGGCGAGCUCUUUUAGUCAAAUGGACCAUGUGUUAUUAGCUCAUUAGAGAGCCUUGUUGUUCAGUAGAUUUUGCGUUUACACUCUAAGGCUUUAUUUUUCAUAAAGGGGGCCUGGAUAGAUUUUCCCCAGUGAUCUAAUGCUCCACACGGGGCAAUGAACACUAUAACAGCUACCGCUUUGUCCUGUUUCUCUGCUACAUAAAACACACAUUGAAUGAAGGCAGUCUGGAGGUAUGUGUGUGUUUGCUAAUAUGAAUGCUACCCAUUAGUGGAUAUAGAAUAGGUGUAGAUUUUCAUAUCCCCGCAGGGAGGUGUCCAAUUCUUGGCAGGAAGAAGGCAGAUGGCGUUCUUAUUGAAUAGAUUCCAAGUUUGAAACACACAAGAGGCCUCAACUGGGCUAUUUUUCCCCCUUCUUCCUCAGAAGCUGCUGCUACUGCAGCAAGAACAAUGUUUUCGUUUUUUUUUUCCCGUUCCUGGUUUUUAUGAAAGAAAUUGGAGGGGCAAGGCCUAUUUUAAAUGUGUAUGCCAUUCACGGGCCAUGACAGGGAUUGCUUGGGAGGUCAGCAAGUUCUUUGAAUAGAAUUGACCGCGAGCUUUAGGCAUUCAAGCCAGAAUAGAAAUCUGUGUGAUGAAAAACGGCAGUGAGGGGAGGGAACCUUUUCAAUUUGCAUGGGUAUCUAGAUAAAGAUAUUAACACUAAGUCAUUUGUCAGUGAACACAAUGGCUGCCCUGAUUUCUAAACGCGCUGAUAGAAAUCGCAGCAUUGCACCUUGUUAAUUUCCACUGGCAUUAAUAAUGUUUUAAUGUAUAGAACUGUCAAAACAACAAAACGCUAUUUUUUUUUUCCUUGCGUUCCCCAUGGGCAUUCUAGUGAGUGAACAACUUAAAGUAUUGUGAGGUGUCACUCAUGUGAAUAACAUAUGCAAAAAAAAACCCUCUUUUCGAGUCGCAGAAAAUGCACUCCUUGCGUUUAGUGCAUUUCGUUCGUCCUUCUGGCAUAACAGUUUAAAUAUUGCGCUAUUAGUAAACUGAUCCAUUAAAUAGUGAUCAGAUAGUUGCAAACUAUGUGACUGUGUGAAAGAGAACUCAGGGACAUCUUAAUCACAUUUAAACAUUUUGGUGCUUCAGGUAAUAUUUCAGUCCUGUGUGAUAUGUUGAAGACUAUUACAUGGGAACAGAAGUUAAAAAUCAUUCUCUAACCUUUUCUGUUCGAUCCUGGCAUAAAAUAUAUCUGUGAUCAUUUUAAUUGUCUAGCAGGGAAAUUCACUAAAGGUAGAUUUCAAAUUUAAGGCCAAUCUAGCAAAAUUGGGAGAAUAGCUAAAAAGUUUGGCUAUUUUUUUCAAUAGUGUUUCAAAUUCACUUUGAGUGAACCUUGAAUUCCUAUUUUAGUGAAUAACUGUUGAAAUUAAAUGCUGUGGGAGACAUCUGAGGUCAGCGGAGGCAAGGAUUGAAAACAGGAUUUAACCUUUUGAGACCCAGGCCUCCCAAAAUCAAAAAGCUUCUGUCUCUGCUGUUUUCUGCCAAAAUUAAUAAUUUGUGACUUGCACAAUGACCUUUGCAUACUUGUUGUUACCUAUCCCUUGAUAACAUAACCUACAGCUUUUGUGAUGUCUUUUCACACCCUGAGGCUGAAGAUAAAUCAUUGCACAUUGCUAUUUUUCCACAUAUUUUCGGCACUGUGCAUCCAGUUCUACAUACCUGGCUACAUUAAUUUGCAGAUAGGGAGUGCUAGGGGUGAUAAUCUGUUCUAACCUCUUAUUUUCUCCUCUAUUGAAUGUCUCUGGUGGUUCUGUUCAUUAGCUUGAAAGUGAUAGCAGUGGAAUUGUUCAAAAAAGUGUUACUUCAUCCAAAAAAACAGGGUGCUGGUCUACAACCAAUGAAAAAGUAGAUAAAAUAAAGGUAUAGUUUACCUCCGCUCCAGCGCCGAGUCCAAAUUCUCCUUGUGUUCCGCCUCUCCUCUUUUGAUGUCACGCCCUCUCGCUGGAUGGAGAUUUUAUGUCCAUUAGGGCGUGCUGAGGGGAGGACGUGGGCAACAUAGAGGGGCGAGCUGGACUACCAUUGGAUGCCUGUUUCCAGCAUGUUGUGGGCUGGCUAAUAACGCCCCAAUAAUUCUGGCAGAGGUGCAGUUACACCUCCGGGAGCAGAGGGGUUAAAUUCUGUUUGUGCAGCAUUACUUAGCGAAACACUGCACAUACAGACUCCAAGCACCAUGACCACUUCAAAUCACUGACAUGGUCAUGAUUCUUAAAGUAUCCCUUUAAGUAUUUUUGCUAUGAUACUCAGUCAGCCUAAAGCAGUCAUUACUGGUUUAUGGCAUACGGAAAAAUCACUAGGGAAAUGUUCAUUUAAAUUCUAUCUGAAAAUAUUAUGAACAAAGACAUUAAUUUGUUACUACACACUUAUGACACACCUAGAGGAUCAUUUGUAUCCAUUUAAUUUUUUUUUUAAAAUAAAUAGCCAAAAAAGCCAAAAGUUAUUACCCGUGUUUCGAUUGAAAAUAAAAAACAUUUUGGCAUUCCUCUUAUUAAAGUGGCAUUGCACCAGGUUUGCAUAGUCUGAUGUGGAAUAACCGUUUUGGGACAAAUUCUGCAGGUUCACCAUACAUUCCGCAGCGCUGUACAAUGGGUCUAACAGACACAUAAUUGUAACCAGACGAGUUGGACACAUAGGAACAGAGGGGUUGAGGGCCCUGCUCAAUGAGCUUACAUGCUAAAAUGACACAAAAGGUAAGGGAUGGGUAGAAAGUGAAUAUGCCCAUUCCCGUCUUAUUCAUUCGUGAUUAAUACAGCAGUGUACCAUAACUGUGUCUACCCAAGCAUGUAUGCUGUACUAACUCAUAAUUAUUCAUCUGAUUCAGGAACAUUGUUUUUUUAAUAUAUAUUUUGUUACUUUUUAUUUUACUGCAACCUGUUUAAUCCUGCAGCAGUACGAGCCACGAGGAGCUAGGCAAGUCAAAUAAACAUAUACACGUUUGGUCUUGCAUAGUCAUAAUCGUAAAUUAAUGUUGUAGAACACUGGAAAUUAGAAUUCCUUUUUGUUUAUUCUCAAGGUUUGACUAGUAAAUUUAUUGCAGUUUGGUUUGUUAUAUAAUGUUUAUAUUAUGUAAUAUGAUUUUUUUAUAUAAACUACUCACUAUAUUCGGCAGAACUGUACAGUGUGUUCCCUAUGUAAAAUAAAUACACAUACGUACUCAUCUACGUACUGUGUAAGAAUAUUAAAUAUUUUAAUGAGUGGAAAGAUACUGAAAAUGACACAAAUGCUCUUAAAGAGAUCGCUUGUACCUUGCUCUAGUUAUAGUGCAGGGUGUCUUGGGUUCUCAUUUUUUUUAUUUUUAUUGGUUCUCUUUCCUGGCUUUCGAAGUAUGGCCCCAUUGCUGCCCCUUUAUACUGCGGGAUUUUAAAGGACCACUAUAGUGCCAGGAAAACAUACUUGUUUUCCUGGCACUAUAGUGCCCUAAGGGACCCCCUCCCGCCAGGCUCUGGGGAGAGGAAAGGGUUAAAAUCUUACCUUUCUCCAGGGCCGGGCAGGGAGCUCUCCUCCUCCUCGCCGCCUCUUCUCCUCCUCUUCGGCUGAAUGCGCAUGUGCGGCAGGAGCUGCGCGCGCAUUCAGCCAGUCUCAUAGGAAAGCAUUCAUAAUGCUUUCCUAUGGACACUUGCGUCUUCUCACUGUGAUUUUCUGGCUGGAUUAACCUAUUUAUAAACACAGCAGUUUCUCUGAAACUGCUAUGUUUAUAAAAAAAAAUGGGUUAACCCUACCUGGACCAGGCACCCAGACCACUUCAUUAAGCUGAAGUGGUCUGGGUGCCUAGAGUGGUCCUUUAACUUGAAUGACAGCAAUAGACCGUGAACACCAAUGGUGGAUUAGUCCAGAGUUUGCAAACCUUUAUUUAAUUCAUUCACAAAAAUCCUGUAGUGUUCUGUAGCUAAAUCUUUUUAGGAACAGCAACUCUUCACAAAAAUCCUUCCAGAAAAGGGAUAAACAAAGAGGUUUGUAGGAUAUUAUAAAAAAAAUGUAAUUGCACUUUGGCCAUACUUGACAACUGUCUCGAAUUUAGCAAAACAGUCCUGAUUGUAUCCCCAUAUCUCAUCAUCCUAGUUGUUUUUUGUUUGGUUUAAAUUGAGGAAUUCUCUUUUGUAUGGCAAUGGAUGUAAUAGAAACAUUUAUCUGGAUAUACAAACAAAGCCAUUAAAAAGAUCAUCUGUAUUCAGAAAAAAGGUACUGCAUAUAUUGAAUAAGGUAUCUAGAGCCUAAACGCUCUCCGGGCAUCAUGGGAAAUGUAGUUUCCAAAUAUUUAUAGUGCCAAGGUUAGCAAUUGUUACUCUUGGGCUAUACGAACCAUAUCUAAUUUCAGUGUCAAUCUCCAUCUGAUACCUUGCAUGUGCUCUUUGAAUCAAUGUUGCAGAGAUUGGCCUGAACUCUUGCAUUAAUCUGGGUUGUUUAUUAUCUUGUCAAAUCUUUAUAAAAGCCUGGCCUAUGAUUAGAACAAAAGUUGGUAUUGUUUGAUUCACUUUUUUGUUGCUGCAUUCUUUAUUUAAAGGAACACUAUAGAGUCGGGAAUACAAGCAUGUAUUCCUGACCCUGUAGUGUUAAAAUCACAUGUAGGGUCCCCAGCCCACAUUGCCCCCUUAAAUAAGUUUAAAAAAAAAUCACCUUUUUUUCCAGUGUUAGGUGGAUCAGCGGCCGCUGGCUCUGCCGCCAAUCCACCUCUUUGGUGGUUGGCCAAUCGCGAUGCUUUGGCUAAAUGCCACCGUAGCCAAUCAGCAUUUCCUCAUAGAGAUGCAUUGAUUUAAUGCAUCUCUACGGGGAGCGUUCAUCGUCUCCAUAUUAAGAAUUCAUUGGAAUUGAACAAUUGGUCAUGGUGGGAAAUGUUAAAAUCCCCACCCUGGUUUUAGAUGGGCUAAUCUAAUUUCCAUGCAUGUGCAUUGCUCUUUAAAAGUCCAGCCAUUUAAACUUAAUCCGAAUAAAGUUGGUGUUUAUUCAGAUGAAGUUAUGUUGUCUGGAGUGUUUAUUUUUUUUUUUUUUUUUAUUCUUUUGCAAUAAAUGAGCAUUUACCGAAACAAUUUCAUAUGCAAACAAACCAUUUUGAUGUUUCAGAUCAUAUCACCUGAUCUUUAAGCUUAUAGCGGACAUAGUAUGUCAAGUUGGUGAAAUCCCCACAUGGCCCACAUCAGAACACAAAAAGCUUGUCCAGGAAUGGGUUAACACAUUUGCAUUGAUCAGUAACCCAUGCAGUGCAGAAUUCCUCUGUGGUCUCUAAUUAAAAGCAUGACAUGAUUUUGAUUAGUACAAUGCUUAUCUGCAAGAUUAAUUACCACUACCUUCUUAUCUUGGGAGAGACAAGCUUUCAUGUCUGAUAAGAGCUGAAAACACUUGGGAUAUAUUCAGGACAGUAGAAUCCACUGGAAGAGAACCACUGUGCCGUGAUUUAUUAACUCUGCAUUCUGAGUGCCUUUAAUUCAUUCAGACCAACCUUUACAGUUCCAGUUUGAGUAGGGAGCUGUUAACAGAGGAUGUCAAACAGAGAAAGGUUUAUUCACUAAACAGUAAAAUGUAUUGGAUAGAAGAACGAAUUUCAAAAUGUAAAGAGACACUAUAGUCACCAGAACCACUUAAAGGGACACUAUAGUCACCUGAACAACUUUAGCUUAAUGAAGCAGUUUUGGUGUAUAGAACUUGCACCUGCAGCCUCACUGCUCAAUCCUCUGCCAUUUAGGAGUUAAAUCCCUUUGUUUAUGAAACCUAGUCACACCUCCCUGCAUGUGACUUGCACAGCCUUCCAUAAACACUUCCUGUAAAGAGAGCCCUAUUUAGGCUUUCUUUAUUGCAAGUGUAUGUGAUUAAAGUUCAAUUUAGAGAUUGAGAUACAAUUAUUUAAGGUAAAUUACAUCUGUUUGAAAGUGAAACCAGUUUUUUUUUUCAUGCAGGCUCUGUCAGUCAUAGCCAGGGGAGGUGUGGCUAGGGCUGCAUAAAGAGAAACAAAGUGAUUUAACUCCUAAAUGACAGUGAAUUGAGCAGUGAAAUUGCAGGGGAAUGAUCUAUACACUAAAACUGCUUUAUUUAGCUAAAGUAAUUUAGGUGACUAUAGUGUUCCUUUAAUGUACUGAUUCUGGUGUCUAUAGCCUGUCCCUCCAGGUUUUUCAAUGUAAACAAUGUAUUUUCAGAGGCAAGGCAGGGUUUACAUUGCUGUCUAGUAGCCACCUCUAUUGGCAGUCACUCAGAUGGCCACUAGAGGUGCAAACAACCCUUUAAACACUAUAGUGUUCCUGUAAGCCAACCAUCCAAAUUGAACAAAUAGCGAAAAUUAAGAAUUUCUCCAAAUCACUUUUUUAGCUUAAAGUUACACUCCAAGUACCAUAACCACUAUGUGUACCUACAGUGGUUAUGGUGCUUGGAGUGUUACUUUAAAGUGACAAUCUAAAUAGCUUAAACUCUACAGGUAGAUUUACUAGUUAUGCAGUCAGUUGUCUCUGAUUGCCAGCUCCCAUUUUUUACGAACCUGUUUGUGAGUAGUUUGACAAAGACUGUCUCCUCUGCAGCCGCAUUUAGAAUGUGGAACUUACACUUCAUCCAGGCUAAGAGCACUGAGCUAACUGGCAGCCAUGCUCUCCAACAAUUUGACAAUGAACCAGGGGAACAACAAACAGCCUUUUUACACGUCGAGCUGUAGUAUGUUUGAUUUGCUUUGUGUCUCUGUAAAUGUUGCAAUACCAUUAGACAAAAUGCUGAAACAAACUCUCUGCAUACCGAAUUCUUAUUUCAAAUAGAAUCAAACCCAUACUUUGGUCUAAAGGCUAUGGGUAAACAGGUUGAUAUCAUAUGUUCAUACUGCUCUGUGGAUUUUAAUCAGCUAUUCAGUACAUGAAGCAUACUGGUAUUUUUGAGGUGUGUGUAUGUGUGUAUAUAUAUAUAUAUACAUUUGUAAGGCCAUAAAUCUAACAGAAUGUUUGCGGUUUCCUGUCCAUUUUUGUUGUCCUCUGUCUAGCUCCCUAUAUAUAUGUAUUUUUUUCCUUACGAGUUUAUUACAGGUCAAUUACAAUAAGGGGGCUGUGGCGAGCAGGCGUCUAUACAAAUAGUGGGGUUACAUGUACACAGGAGGUGAAACGCAGUGCUGACAUAACCUGUUAAUUGAUCUUUGACACUUUCCAUCCCAUGCCAAGAUAAUUGGAGUGUAAUUGCUUUUUUAAAUCUUCCCCUCGCAUUCCAUAUCCAAAAAUAAAACAAGUUUCUAAAGGCAGAAGAAAUUGUCUUCAGGUGCAGUCAAAACAGAGCAUAUCAUCUAGUUAAUAACGUUCUUGGUUUAAGUAAAAAUUUGCAUAGAUAACAUUUUUUUUAAAUAGUGACAACUUUAUAAAUUGUAAUUUUUCCUUUUUAAAAAAACAAACUGUUGUCAUGGUGAUUUUAGAACCAUGUGAAUGUACUUCAUCAUUUGAGCAGAUCAUUUAUUAUAAGUAAAUACAUUUAUGAAAUUUGCUUUAUGCGUAUAUUUGAUUUUGUUUUGACCAAACUGGUUUCUCAGUGCAGUGUUUUUUUGUUUAAUAUACAAAGUGUUUAUGAAGAAUUGUCAAGAAAAUAAAAUUCUUGUGUCAAGUACACAAAUGGAUAUUGCAGGAGUCUGUUGGCUGGGCUUUAUACUGUUUUAGGAGAUUUUAAUGAAUCAUAGUGAUAGUUCUCAUACCUAUAAUUAAACAGGGAUGUGUGAAAGAUUGAACUUUAUGGUUUGGGAUUAUUUUGCAACUUGGACUUUGCUGUUACUGUAGGAAUCUAUUCACAAAAUUAUGGAUUGUAGUAAAGUAAAAAAUCAGUUGCAAAAACUUGUUGGUUUGGAACCAUAGGUCCUUGAUUUAAAUGGACACUAUGGGGCCAUGAACACAAACAUGUAUUCCUGACCUUAUAGUGUUAAAACCACUAUCUUCCACUCCUUAAAACCACUAUCUACUUUUAUUCCAGUCUGCUGGUGCAGGCUCUGCCCCUGAUCCGCCUUCUUAGCUGACAACAUCAUAAGUUAUGGACUCAGCCAACCACAAUGCUUUACCAUAGAAAAGCAUUGGAUUGGCUGAGAUUGCCAAGGAGGUGGGCCUUCGGGGCAGAACCUGGCCAAUCAGCAUCGCCUCAUAGAGAUGCAUUAAAGCAAUUCCUCUCUGUGAGUAAAUUUCAGUAUCUCCAUGCAGAGGGUGGAGACACUUAAUAACAGUGCUACACACUGUGCAGCACUGCCCCAGGAAGCACUUCUAGUAGCCAUUUGAGGAGUUGCCAGUGGAGGUAUCUAUAGGCUGUUUUUGAAAAGACAAUGUUUACUGCAAAACGCCUGAAGGGAAUGAUUCUACUCACCAGAACAAAUACAAUAAACUGUAGUUGUUCUUGGGACUAUUGUGUCUCUUUAAUUACCUUUCCACAUGAUUUAUCUAUAACAUUUCUCAUAGACUUGAAUGGUGACUUCAGUAGUGAAUCAUUUGGACCUCAAUUUAAUAUUUUUGGAUACGCUUAUGAAAUAAGGUAAUCAGUGAAUCACAGUUUAUUAUUACUGAAAUCAGAUUAUGAUCACAUUGAUAACACUGUUACAUAAAACUGUUACCCAUUGAUAACCGACUGUAGACAGUAAUUGUAAUAUUUUCGACAACUCGGCUAAUUUGAACAAAAUUAUUCAAGCUGAUAUCCACUCAUAGUGUAGUUAUUACAGACCAAACUCUGUCUACAAUUUUUCUUAAUUAUCAUGAAAAAGAACCCUAAUUAGCUUAAUUCUGUGGAUUUUUAGUUCUUUUGAAAGGAGUUAGACACUUUUAUAUUUGGCAAAAUACCAGCAUAAAUUACUUUAUGACAAUGUAAAGGCACAUGAAACACAUUUUUGAGGAUAGAAUCCGUUUCAUUGAAAGCUCAGACAAGAAAAAAGCAGAUGACCUCGGCAAUAGCACAGUCCUCCCUUCUCCCGUUCUUAGUCUCUAAUCUUUUGAAAUACAGCCCUUCAGAAUUCUAAUGUGCUCUACACAGAAUCCAUUUAUGUUGACGCUCUUUACAUCACAGGAAAUAUUGGAUGUGCCUUUAUUUACUGGCCUUUAAUCAUGGGAUUACCUAGGCUUUGAGUUACUGGUCUAAUUCAUUGCAAUGAUACCCAUACUCCAGCUGCUGGGCUGCGAGAUAGUCAUCCCUGCGAGUGUCAUUGGGUCAACCUUCCCAGAUGAGGAGGUAGGUAGCCUAUCUAUCUAUCUAUCUAUCUAUUAAUCUAUCUAUCUAUCUAUCUAUCUAUCUAUCUAUAUCAUUGGAUUUAUGUGUCAUUUGAUCUAUCAAUUAUUUAAUCUGUAUAUGGUUCGAUCUGCAUAUCAGUUGUUUGAUCUGAGAUUCAAUCUGUCAAUCUGUGUUUCUAUGGUUUGAUUUAUCUAUAGAUUAUUUGAACACUGUUUGAUCGAUCUAUGAUUUGAUUUGUCCACAAAUGUGAUCUAUCAGUGCUUUCCUUUUAUCUGCAAACUGUUUACGCUAUCUGAUUGUAUUUAUCCGAAUCUAUAUCUGUACUUGUCUAUAUAUGGUUUGAUCUACGUAUCGAUCUUUGUGAUCCAUCUAUCACUUGGUCCAUGUUUUGUCCUGUUUAUCUAUGGUUUGAUCUACUUAUAGUUUUAUCAAUUUGUCAACUGCCUGAUCAAUGGAUCUUCAUGUGUCAGUUCCUUUCCAUCUGCUCAUUAGAGUAAGAAAAAGUAUUACUUUGGCCAAAUACAGCCUUUGGUAACGAGAUGAUGUGCGCGUCUAUGAGAACGACCUGUUACAUCAUUGGAAUUACAGCUUUUUGGCGGGUGCAGGGUGUUAUAAAUACUUACAUGUUUUCCUCUGCUGUAUUUCUGAUAUGUGGCACUUUAUUAUUGAUAGUAAAAUUAUUUUCCUUACAGGUACAAGCACCCUUAGGCUCUGUGAUCUACUUUAGUCUAACAUUCCCAGAAUGCUUGCAAAGACAAAGGCAUGCUAUGAGUUGUGUCUACAGCUUCUGCAAUGCUGCGAGUCUCACACUCAUUAGGUCCCUCUUCGAAUAGGGAGGGAUACCAAGCAAUCCAGGGUUCAAGGCCCGCAGGUUAAUAUAGGCCACGUCCAUGUUUUCCUAAACCCCUUUAAUUCACUUCUUCACACUGAUGGACAACAUAUAAAAAACACUGCCCUUCUCUUUGUAGAAUUCAACGGUUUCAUGAAGAAAAUAGAGGAGGAAUCCUUUUAUUCCUUAACAGAUUUCCUUGCAACAAUGUAUUCGUCAUACAACGAGGCAGAGCUUUUAUGAACUGCUUAUCAGUAUGAGGAAGUGUAUGUAAUAUGUUUAAACUGGGAACCGAAAUCACAAACACAGCCGAAAGCUCAGCACGAAUGAGUUUAGUUUGGUACAUGUGCAUUUCAUAGUAUAUCGUUUGGCAGUAAUUCCCUUUAAUUAAGAUUAAUUGUGACAGUGGUGUGAGCAUUGUCUAGAAAUUGUCUGUUGUAUAUCUGGAAAUUCCCUCCAGGUAAAUUCACCUUUACUUUUCCUUCGUCCGUACGUUGUGCACCAAUAUUUUUUUCAUGCCUCAACUUUCGAACUUUGAUCAUGGUAGUUUCAGAAUUUUGUGGCUGGCAUAAUUUGUAAAAGUGCCAAUUUUUUAUUAUGAGAUGUUUAGAUGUGGUUCUGUUUACAUGCAAUGAAUACAUCUCUUCGUGCCUACAAAUUCUCCAUUACACAGUAUCAGAGUUUUAUAUGUAACGAAUAAAUAAACAGAUAAAUAUUGCUAUCGAAUAAUCUGACAAAUCAUCAUGGGAGUUGUAGUUGCCACCUUUUGUAAGCCUUUGUUAAGGGACUUUGAUUAGUAUUGUUAAAGAUUAUUCUCCAGGUGCCCAAAUAUUAUUGCACAGUUUGUUUGUUUUUUGUUUUUAUAACGUAUAUUUUAGAAUUACAUGUUUUUUUUUUUAAAUAUUGUUUUUCAGUUAUUUACAUUGUUUUUUUUUUGUUUAUUUUAUAACGAUUUGUUUUGCUUAGAAUGUCCAUCCUUUCUGUCCCAUUUGGUUUUCCAGCACAUUGCAUCUAAAGAUGCACUGCAACUGUUACGUUUCUCCUAAAGUUGAGAAUAAAAUACCAAAGCAGUCGGGAGAUAUACAUAAGAUAAAGCAGGGGAACUACUUUGUCUCCCAUAAGUGACACGUUUUUACAAACUGUAGCCAAGGCAGAGGUUCAAGCAGCUUCCAUAUCUUGCCUUUUGCCAUCACUUUUCUCAAGCAAUGGCUGGCUCGACUUGGCAUCUUCUUCCAUAUCUUAACAAGGAUGAUCAUCUUUGUAAUAUCUUGGAAUCAUGCAGAAUCUUUCAUAGACGUCCAUUUUGAAUUACUGCACAUGCAUAAGAGUACAUCAGAGACAUUAUCCCUGAAGAUAAAUCCAUGAGGAGCUUAAACGAUAUAUAACUACCUUUUUCCCUCUAAUCGGUGGCACCACCACAAAUGCAGACAUGUCAUCUUGCAGAUAUUGAGGCCAAGAUCAUGACUUAGUGUAAAUUCCUUCCUUUCUUUUCCCUCCUUUUUUUUGUUGUUUUUGGUACCUUGAUUGCUAUUUGUUAUUGCCUUUCUUUGUGUCCGGUGGCACACGACGCCUGGCACCUCUCUACGGUAUUGGAGGCUUCUGAGAAAAUAAAUAACUAACUGCUUUACUACGGUUAUUUCCACUUUAUUUUAAUUUGUGCGUAAGUAUAAAUGAUAUAAAGUCUUUACAAGUCCCUGGAAUAAUUUUCAUUUUGAAACUAGGACACUCGUAGCUGGAAUGACAAUUAAUUCUCCCUGAAUAUGGUCCCAGUUGGAGGCCUGGUUUGAAAAGGCUGCAAACUCUCUGUGUACAACAUUAACUCUGAAGAGCCUUUGCUUCCGUUUUUAAUUAGCGAGCCAGUAAAAUUUAGCUUAUUGUGCAAUUUCUGGAGCUUUGUCCAAGACGAUAUCUUAAGGUUUGCUCAGUCUCCUUGUGACAAGGCUGUUCUUCAUUUAUUUUUUUUAUUUUUUUUGGUUUUCUUUAGUAGGGAAGCUUUUUUUUUUUUUUUUUUUUACAGGAUAUGUAGGAUUAAGUCCAUUGUGCUGUGGGUAUUUAGAGCCAGCUGCCUACAUCAAGUUAAGAUUAGGUAGUGCACAUUAGAACAUUAAGUUGAAGUGAAGUCCGGAUUUGGUUUUUGCAUAGCUAUGAAUCAAAGAUGAGGAAAGUUUAGGAAGCAGCUCUGUGGUAUCUGAUGGACGCAGAUUUUUCUGAAUGUAUUUACAGCAAAAUAACAUUGUUAUUGUAGUAUCAGUGCCUAGGUACAAAUAGCCUGAACACCAUGUUUUUACUAAGCACAGUGAUGUACUACAAUGAAGUACAUUUCAAUAGCAAUUUUCACUUUAAUUCAUCCACCUGCCUCUCUCUGACAGGAUUAGCCUUUCAAUGGUCUUAUCACUUAAACAGAUAAUUUCUUGAAAUUAUAUUGUUUAAUUUACUGCAGUAUUUUAAAAAAAGCUUGACAGUGUUAAAGAUAGUUUCCAUAAUAUACAGACAGAUGCGGUAGGGAGGCACGCAGUAUUCUGGAGUUAGCGUAUUCUGGAGUUAGCGUAUUCUGGAGUUAGCGUAUUCUGGAGUUAGCGUAUUCUGGAGUUAGCGUAUUCUGGAGUUAGCGUAUUCUGGAGCUAACGUAUUCUGGAGCUAACGUAUUCUGGAGCUAACGGUUUCAAACUUCACUUACACUAUUUCAGACUUUAUGUAGAGUUGCAAAAGCUAGUUCAUUGCUUAUUUUGUGUAUUCUUUCUCUGAUUCCGUUUUUGUAAUGUCUUAUAGUACAGAAUGAGUUUUGGGCCAGCACUAAAGCAAAUCUCAAAGGUUUAAAAUUGUACAAGAUGAUGAAUAACAUGAAACAAAACAUAUAAAAGCUAUUUUUUAAGGAGCAAAUCUACAGCAAUGUUCUAAAAGUGAUUUGCAUGGGUAUCGUUAGUCCACUGUUUUGCUUUGUCUUAUUUUUGUUCCUAUAUAAUUCCUGUAGUGUGAUCCGUAAGUUAUAGAACAGGAAGUUGGUAUUGUGUAUUGAGAAUGAAUUACAGGAGAUGUACUUGGUUCCAUACGGGUAACACUGGAGUGGAGAUACAGUGAGUGCAUUUAAUAGGGGUGCAGUACUUACAAAGGUUUCUACACAGUAAAACAUGGAGGCUGAAGGAAAUAAUGAAUGUAGUGGAUUCUCUUGUAAGGUUAUCUUUACGUUUUGUCCGAUAUAGCUAAGUUGUGUUAACUUGGUCCUUCAUCCUUUUUUCCCUUCAAUUUAGCUUUAAUUUUCCAAAAUAACUUUUUAAUUUGACUCUAUAAAUUGAAUAAGCCCCCUAGUAAAGUAAAUAACAAAAAAUCCGACUGCUGAACCAUUAGAAAAACCGUAGAAUCCUGUAGAAUGAUUUAAUCCUUUUUAUUUACAGACACAUUUUUUUGUGUGGCAGAUCUGUUUAAAAUGCUGUGCAGUUGUCCUGGUGCCUCGAAUUGUCUAUGCUCACAUUCUUUAUAAAGUAAAUCCCUUUUAGUGCAAAUAGCAACUCUCGCAGCCUCCUCUUUUCUACAAAUAUCCUCUUUAGCACAGAUGUGACUGGAAUACAAACUUUUUUAUUGUAAGAAAAGCACCUUGCAAAUUGCACCAUGGGACACAGUCACAUAUCACUGUCACGAUCACUGGCAUGUCAUCCCCUGGUCCUUUCUGUACAUGGGUUAAAGCAGAAUUUCAAUGGAAACUUCAACUGUAAAAUGACAUGUAGUUAAACAUAUAAGUGAGUCAUACUACUUAUUCAGAGGCUUUGGCUCUACCAAUUGAGCAGGGUUUAUCAGUGUUUUUUUUUUUUUUUUUAAUCUUAGACUUGUAAUCUACCUGAAACCUGUGAUGCAAUUUACCUGCUAAUACAUUUGAUCUCAGGAUAAAACAUGAGUAAUAUACAUUCAUACUUCCCUGAUUUUCAACUGGGGAAAAAACAUGUGGAUCUCACUAUUUUUUUUUUUUUUUAAAGAGAUAGUAAUCCUAAUAAAAAGUCUGGUUUAGAUUCGUGAACAUAUCUUUCAACGUUCAAGUAUGUAUAAAAGUUAUGUCUCUUUUACAUCUCUUGCUCCAAGAUUUCUGCAUGUACGAUGGCUUGAAUUACCGGUAGUUUAUUUGUACCUGUGACUUUUCUUAUCAGUGACCAUAGGUUGAUUUCUUGUAGAAUUAUACUUGGUUUAGAAUGAAAAGCAACCAAUCAGAAUGAAGCUUUCAAACAAAAUGGUUGUUACAUUUUUUUAUUUUUUAUUAUUCAUUCUUUCCCACGUGGUUCACGGGCAUGGGAGGCCUGACAAUCUAGAUCGCCGUCUGGAUCAGUAAUGUGCAGGGUUUUGGGCUACAGCUUGAAGACACCAGUCUUCUGCUGUGAAAGCCAACAGAGGUAUGAUGGAACCCCUCCAGAGUAGUGAACCAAAGUGAAUCACCAGGCAAGAAUUGUGCAGUGUCUUUGCUGGCCCAGCACUUUGUGGGUUAAUGCUUGAGCAAGAGGUAAAUAUUCUCAAUGCUCUCCAGGAUUGGGCUGGACCCGGUGCCAUUUGCUGGGUCCUGAGAUCACAGUGACUGUCAAACAAUGAUGACUGUGCGAUAUGGAGGUAUCUGCAAGUGGCUGCAAGGUGAGAUGAGCCAUUGGUGUCAGUGCAGUUACUAGAUACAAUCUUUGGCUUGCACAAAUCUGCUGUGCAUAUCAUAUGGAAUAAGGAUAUAAGAUGCAAUCUCAACAACCAUAUAUCAUUGAUGCAGGUUCAAUAGGACCAUCCAUACAGGGACCUGUGAGUUUUGUGUGCAAUAGGCAUAGGUCUUUAGUUUGUACUUGCUCCCCCUAACCAAAAGUUGCCAGCUCUCCCCUGUAAUCACUGACACAUGCUAUAGCUUAUACAUUUACAUUUGAACCUCUAGAGCUUUUAGGUAUUUUAAUUGCCUGUCAACCCUAUUGACAAACAUCUCGAUAAUUCAGAAGUUUUCGGAGUUGGCGGAAAAUCAUAUUGAGUAGGGUCGUAAAUCAUUUACGGACUAGGUGCUUUGUCCAAGAUGAAGCAAUUGCUCCAAAUAAGUGACACAAAAUUGGAUGAAGCAUUUUGGCAAUCUUGCAACACUGUAGGGUGUGUUACUAUCUGCACAUUUCUUGACACUUGAAUCCAAACCUGAUGAGCCCUGUAGCAAAUCAGUGUUCUUUAUGGUUUGGGUGUUCAUCGUCAAGGUUUUUAAUUAAGGAAUACAAAUUCAAAUCUUAACGUGUCACUCUUAUUAAAUUGGUGGAGUUUUAAUAACAAAAAUGAACCAUACAUUAAAAAAAUCAGGUUGCAAUUGCUUUGUUUAUUGUGAGAUUGCCAUGUUCAGCUCUAAAACUUGAGGGUAACAUUGAAGAAUAUAUGUAAUGUGUCUUUGCCUUUGUUAGUUGACACAACAUUUUCUUUUAAAAAUAUAUUAAAGAUUUAGCAAAUGACAUCACAAUCAGUUCAGACUCACUAGGGCACACAUUUCAUAGGCGGAGAACCAGUAAUACUUAUUCUGUUUCAAUUCUCUUGGCAUGCCUUUUUUUUUGACUGACAGAUGUAAAGAGCAGACAUUAUAACAAUGGUUGUCAGGGAUCCAGGUUGGAUGCACCACAUUCUAGGAUAAGAACCUAGGCUGGUUAAAAAUGAGUUGAAAUACAAUUUCGAUGAACUUCUUUAUGAGAAGUACUUUGUUUCAUUUCAGUUUUAUAUUGAUUUGCAUACUUUGUUAUUUAGAUUAAUGCUGCUGAAUUACACAAAUAUUCUAAACCUUCUGUUAGUUUUCCCUAUCUGCAUUUAUUAUCUUUGCCCAUAUAUAAAAACCUGCUUUAAUAAAACCUGAUACAUCUAUAUAAGUUUGUCCAAUAAUAACAAUAUAGUGCAAUUAAUAUUCAACUGAAUUUACUGUAACCGAUGCCAAUAUUUGCACAAAUUGAUAUAAAAUAUUUUCAUGAAUUGGUUAAGAGCCAGAAUUUGCAACAUGCUGUUUAGACUGUUAUCACACGCACAAAUCUGAACAUUCUAAGCAGAAUUUAAUGGGGGAAAAAAGUCCACAGUGGAACACAAUAGGGGUUUAUCUAUUAAACUGAGAGCUUAGAACAACUUUUCAAUAUUUCCAGCUUGGCUCUUUUGGCAUAACAUUUGACGUUGCAUUUUAGAUUUCUAAUUUUAAUAAGAUACUUAAAACAAGAAUUUAAGACCUUGAUGGCCAGCACCCCAAAUUUCCCAUGAUGCAGACUUGUGCAAUUCUGCAAACGCCUGGCAAAGCAUCGUGGGAAAGAUUUAAACACCUGGAUUAUCAGUGUCAGCCAUUGCUGCAUUAAGAUAUUGAGCUCCAAAAGCCUUCUUAUGUAGCAAGAUGUGCUUAUUGCUCUCCUUUCCUCUUGGACCCUUUGGAUAGCUGUGUUUAUUUAAAUGAUACGUUUGAUCUAAUGUAUAGAGUGUCAAAUAUUCAUUUUGUUAUUCUAUAUAGUCUGUGUAGAUAUUAACUGGGUGGCCUGGGGCUUUGGGAAAGAAUUCUAUUAAUUUUGCUCUGUCUAGAACCUGCUAAAAGGCUUUCUUCGUGUAAACUAUAUAUUUUUUUCAAAAUCUUUUCAAGACUAAAGCGUGAAGGUUGUUUAGCUAUUUUUAAAAAUGGAAACGUUUCUAAAUAAAUAAAUCACUGUCAAAUGUUGGUCCCCUUUGGGUACUUUUGACCGGGUACGGCCUUAAAUACUAUUCUGACCUUAAUUUUACAACUCAGUUUGUUAGCUCAAAACAACCCAACACAGCAGUUAUUUCACGAAAUUACCCCUUUUGUAUUCCACUGUAGGAGCCGGAAAAACAAUGAUGGUUUUUUAACAAAUCCAAUAUUGGACUGUUUAGUAAACAAUGAUGGUUUAGUCGUAGUUCUAUCUCAAUUUGUCUUUUGAAUAUUUUCUUCCAAAUUUCAGUUCUCUGACAGCAGGGAUGGCCAAAAUCAGAUCCCAAAAUGUUGUGGAAAUUCCCACUCCGUGCUCAACUUGGACAGAGUGCUCUCUCCUCCCCAUGCGCAGUCCAGACUCUUCCAAUCAUUGUACAGAGCGCAGAUCAGUAAACCGUAACAAUAGCAGAUACAGUAGGGAUUGCUCUGUCUGGUGUUCAGAGCAAUUCCACUUGUCCUGGGAGAAAGAACUCUCACUAAGGGAUAAACAGGACAAGAGGUUUUUGGAUAAGAGCAGACACCAAAGUAACAGAAGCACUGGGAAUUUUAAAUGCUCUCUUUCUUUUCUUUUCUUUGUUUUUGUGAUUUAUUUUUUGCAUUAUUAUUGUAUGAUCUAUACAGUGCACUAAAAACAAAUGUCAUUUUUAAGUAUACAUUCACAUUUGGGCCUAAUUGUGUAAUUCCCUUCUCAAACUCCACAAUAAAGCAUGUAGUGUGUCCUAUCCCUGGGAAAGUUCAUUGGAACUGGCAUUAUUUUUGUUUCCAAAUGGCAGUUAUCAUUUGCACACAAUAUGAUGAAAACUAGAGUUGUGUAAUUUUGACAUAAGUAGUAAUCCUGCUCUCUCUCUCCCCCCCACCCCACCCUGGAACGUCUCAUUAAACUCUAAUUAAGGGCUCCCUUAUCUUUGCUUUUCUAGAAUUUGGUAUCAAACAGAAAGAUUCCGUAUAUCUGAACUUUUUUUUUUUUUUUGAAGGUUUCAAAAUAAAAAAAUAAAAAAGCAAGCGGAUGUGUACUGCCAGACUUGGCUGCUUUUGCUUAGGCACCAAGCUUCACACUGUGAGGCAAUCGGGCGUCAAGAAUAGGCCAAAAACCUGUUUGUGAGACCUGAGUGGAGAGCUCUUUCCUGAUUCGUGGUAAUAUUCCAUUCCAGCGGUGAAGGGAGGUUAACUCAGUUAAGCCUCGAGGUCAGCGUCAUGCAAAGCUAAAGGUCUAUUCAUUGUGGAGAAGUGCUUCGUUGCCCUGAAAAGAGAUGGAAAAAAUGUUUUUAUGGAUCAGUGUAUAGGUCAGCCCCAAACGUUUUCACUGUAAAACAAACAAAAUACUGUGACCGAUGCAUUAAUGCGCAGUAAGUCCCGACAACGCGGUUUGAAGUUUUUAUUGUAAGAUCAUCAGUGAAAGUCUUGUCAAUAUGAAAACGUAUUUUCUUUAAAUACUUCACAUAGUUGACAUUAAAAACAUGGUUGAUUGCUUUUGCGUGAAUGUUCACUUUAUUUUCUACAUUUAAAAUUGUUGGCUGAAAAGCGUGGCAAGAUAGGCUAGUGACAGAUAUAAAUUUUGUGCUGAACAUAUUUUUGUUAGUUUUUUAAUGAUUUUCCUUGUUUCUAAUUGCUUCUUGGGAAAUGUAAUUCUCAAACAUAUAUGCAGUAAGAAAAAAAAAACAAUGUCUCUGGAUGGCAUUCUUAAAUAGUAAAAAAAUUUUUUUUCAAAAAAUGCAUAAUUCAGGCUUGUUGUGAUUUUACCGGAUAACUCUUCAUUUAUAGCAUUUAGUAGAGGACUAGGGAACAUCCCUUAAGGUUAAGGAAAAUGUGAAUUUUUAUGAAUACAUUUUCAUUCUAUUUGUAUUUUUAUUACUUUAUAGUAAGUUCAUUUGAGGUGUGGAAUUCGCUUCAAGAAAGUUGUUUUAAUGAUUCAGUCAAAAAAUGUAAAAAAAACAAAAAAGCAUCUUUGUUUUACUCAAUAUAGGAUUAUAGUUACGAAACAAAACUGGGAUAAUGUCAGUCCAAAAAAAAUGAAUUUCUUUGGUGAUAAAAAGAGAACUUGCUGUUUGCACAGUCUGAAUGUGUCUGACAGAAGUGUCGUUUUAAGGGCUUUUUUCAAAGCGUUUGUUUACAUCAGUAUGGUUACCUAAGAAAAAUGUGAUUGGUGUUGUGUAACUUCUGACUUUAGUAACUAUGUAAUUUAAUCGUCCAUGCAAAUACAGCAGACAGCUCAGAUAAUUUCCUAAAUUUAGGAGUUUUAUACAAUGUAUCUUAUAAAAUUCUGUUAAAGCACACUUGGGUUUAGUGUAUGUUUUAUCUUUAAGUAACAUGGAAAUGCACCAUUGUUUCACUAAGACAGGUUAACAAAUGAGUAACGGGAGACUUUGCAGACAGCUGUCUGUCUCUUCAGCUCUUGCUGAGAAUCCUUUGUGGCUGGAGCCAAUCUGGGAGGACUGCCUUCUCUGUACAGACCUUCGCAGAAGUGGUCCUUAUCUCCCUAAAGAAAGGCUUUGCCUGCUAUGCAUGGGUUUGUUUUUAUAAAAACAAACCACUUGAGGCUAUUCCUUCUACAGGCGCCCCAAAAAGGCCCAUUAAGGAACAUAUUGCUUAUACUAGCAGGAGGGAGAUACCAAUCAGCUAUACAUUAAUACCGUAUGUGCUAGAAAAUGUGAACAUGAACUUGUUUCACUAAACAUAUAUUCCAAAUUAACUAGUGGAAUGUAUAACUCCCUGUACUAUGUAUGAGUUCUGUUAUUAUUCUUAUUAUUUAAUAUUUUUUUUAAAUCUAUUUAGCGUUUCUCAGUUCAUAUGUGUGUAUCACAGAUGCAACAUAGUUCCAAAAAUAGAUUUUUAAAAACCCACCACGUUGGUUACUGUAGAUUUAUAACUGAGCUCACUAGUAGAACGGAAUAAAGGUCCAAAUAUAUGAAGCGAUCACCUUGGAAAACCAACUGAAUCAACAUUCCGUUGGUAUCUGCAAUUUAAAAACUUUACACUCCACUUUUCUAUUAGCAACACAUUUAUAAAUCUCCCCACCCCAAGAUUUACUUGUAAAACAAAACAAACAAACAAAAAAGUCACGUUUAAUAUAUGAUGUGUUUGUUGAAUAACUUGUACUAUAAUUGCAUUGUACUAGUGUCCAGUUGGCUUCUUUACCGGAGUUAGACUGUCUAUUAUGCUGGAGGCUAGGAGAUUCAUUCCUCCCCAUGAUAGGCAGCAAGCAUGCAGAGACAUACAGACCUCAUGAAAAGUGCCCUGGUCUAAAAAGAGUUGUCAGAAUUUGACUGAUCUGCUGCUCAACAUCUGCCUCUUCAACCCAGCUGGUUUUCCACCUGCCCUCUUAGAAGGUUGUCUCGACUGAUCUAGAAAUCAUUUAGGACCAUUUUAGAAUAAAUAUAAGUAUAUUUAUAAUAGAUUAUUGGAUUAAAAUAAAUUUAUGUUAUUAGCAUUGUUAUUUUUUAGUACACCAACAUGUUCUGUAGCGCUGUUCAAUUGGAAUUUAAAACAAAUCAAAUAAAUGAAUUAUGACAAACCAGUUGAGGUGAACAGGCGAGGAGCUCACAAUCUAGACGAUAAGAAACUGUCUUCUGUUAUUGAAAUGAUGAAAAGUUUAUUAUAAUUGUAAGAUGAAGAAUUGUUAAAAUCUAUAUCCUAGUUAUCUUUUGCUUCAAAGGGACACUCCAUGCCCAAAUACAAAAUACAUAACAAUCACUGUUUAGUAGAUAUAUCCCAAAUGAAAACUUGCGUGUAUUUAAUUAUGCAUAUUUUCAUUAGAGGUAAAUCUGAAAACAGGUUGCAAAACCUGCAUUUUUCUUGUCUGCUGCCCUCCUCUGCUAACCCCGCCCAGACUUUCUGCGACUGUCCAAUCACAGACUUCAUAAAACAGCUCAAUGAGAAGUCUUUGCAAGGCAGGUGCUCUGAGCAAUUGCCCAACUCUUGAGUUUAGCUCCACUGAGCUAACCAAACCAGGAAGUUACUGGACCAGUUCUCUGACUGACAGCCGGGGAUGUAAAAAGUUUAAUUUAUAAAAGUGCCAAUUUGUAUUGAAAUCUGCACUUUUUGUAAAAUGAAAAAAAGAGGACACACUCUUCCCACAUUAAGCGUUUCAGCAAGCCAAAAUGCUUUAGGGGUAUAAAGUGUGUCUCUGUAAUGUGAAAACAUUAAACAAUGGCAAGGUUUGGCAGGGUUAUUUACUAAACCGUGAAUCAACAGGAAUUCAUUCAUUUGAAUUUCACUUGUUUUUUUUUUUUCCACAAGUCCCAGAUUGUGAAAAAUGAUCUUUACAUAUGUCAUUAUUUUGCGAGACGUCCUAUCAUCUAAGCACAUGGUUAUAUAUUGGGAGUUAAAUCUCCGUUACACUUUAUUGUGAUUCAAAGAAAUAUUAUUUUGGUCUACAUAUUGCAGGUUCUUUUUCAAUUCUAAGCAGUCUCCAGUUUAGUGAAUAAAACUUAGACGGGAAGCUUUCAAAUAUAUCAGGGUUUACAUGAAACUACUUUUGUGUGGAGAACUGCCACGGAAUUGCUUAAUUUAGGUCAAAAUAGCAGGGGUGCGAAUUCUCCUAGUUUAGCAAUUUUAGAAAAAAAAAUUUAAAUUCUUUUGCAAUUUUCCACAAAUGUAUAAAAUAACCAUAUAUCAUUCCAAACUAACCCCUGUGGAACUCACGGAGUUAAACUUUACUUUAUUACUGUUUUGUUUGUCUUCAUUCCUUCAGGUUUCUUAGAGUAUGAAAAGAAAAUUGGCCAUUUAGCAGGGGAAAACUGUUUAUCACUCAGAUAAUUAUACUGACAAGUUUGAUCCUAAGGGUUGUAUGUUGACAGGCCUUCUGGGCAGGUUUGAAGACCAAAAAUAUGUAUAAAUAUGUCCUGACAAAAGCGUUUGACAGGAGCCAUGAGCUUGGUAUAAAUCUCGUCACCAUUUUCACAGAUUUUUGUUUAUUUAGAUUUCCCCAAAUUGGUGUACAGCACAUUUACAAGCAAGGUCAUUUUUAAAUUUUUCUCUUUUUUUUUUUUUGUAAACUAAAACAAGGGCGAUGGGGGUGAGAGAGAGAGAGAGAGUGUGUGUGUGUGUGUGUGUGUGUGUGUGUGUGUGUGUGCGCAUACAUAUUAUAAUGUAAUUUUAAAAUCUUUUUUUAACGUGAUGUGUGUGUGUGUGUGUAUAUAUAUAUAUAUAUAUAUGUAUAUAUAUAUAUAUAUAUUUAUUUUUUUUAACGUGAAGAUUUAAUGGUGCUGAAACUUUAACAAAAACAAAUAAGUAAAACAAUAAUCAUCAUUUAAUUAACCAUGUAAGUGGGUUUGUUGGGGCACAUUUACAAAAACUUGAGAAGACUUGUUCUGCGAUGUAGUAAAGUUAAUUAAAGUGAAGCAUGUGUUUUGACUGAGGGUUUGAAGCGACUUGCUUGCCAAUUUCGAGUUAAGCUGACAGGCAUCUGGUGUGCUGCUGCUGCUGCCUGUAGGCAUUUUAGAUUCUCAGUAUUGUGCUUAAUAGACCUGCUUGCACUUUUUAGAGACUUAUUACAGAGAAAGUGCUUUAUAUCCCCAGAGCUACCAGUAGCAGCCUGAUUCAUAGGGAAAUUAGGUUUGGAGAGAUAGUGAUGGUCUUAAACAGAGUGCCCUACCUGCAGGGGACUCAAACUUUGGCUUAAAAAGUGCCGGAAAUGGAUUUUAGAAACAAAAUGGUUUUACUCAUUCAAGUCUUGGCCCCGUAGCUGGACUACAACUCCCAUCAUUCUGUCUACCAAAGAAAUAUAGAAGAUUUUGCUAUAUUUACUUUUGUAAGAUUUUAUUUCUAGCACAGCUUUAUCUAUAACAUGUCAGGGUUAUUCACUAACAUUAAACAAUCUUGACAUUAUUCACAUUAUUUAACAAUAUCAAUUUAAAAAAAAACAGUGAGUGGGCAGAUAUUUUAUUUAGCAAUAGUCAGCAUUUUUUAAACAAAUUAUUCUUAUCCACGUGAACAGUAAUUUCUGGAAACCAUAAUCCCGUGUUGCAAUCACUCAGCGAUUUAGCGACAUGGGAUUUUAAUAUUGUUUAUAUAGACGUGUGACGAUGUAGAUAUUACAUUACUAUGUCACCUUUUGAAAGUAACAGUCCACUGGAUUGUUUCGCAAAGUACACACAAUAAAUAGUGUCUGUCAAGGUAAUUGUCUUCUCCUGAGAUGUUUUAUCACCCUCAGAGUGAAAGGACUCACUUAAGUGCAGAUUGUUGACAUGACAAUUAGAAGACUAGAAUUAAUUAGCUGAGGUUACUUUAAGAUUGUCAGAGAAAGUUGAAAGAGCUUGGUAAAAAUAAACAUCUGUUUCAGUCAUGUAUUACCCUACUAUCAAAAUGUUCGAUCGUUGUGUACAUAAAAGGGGGUUUAUUAACUAACUAAAUAAUUGCAGAAAAUCGAAAAAUGAAUUUGCAAAUUAAGACAAAAAAAGUGCUUGUUUGGAAGAAUUUGCCAUCUCUACUGUAGUUAUAGCUUGGGUAUUUUACUCUGAACUUAGAAAACUAUGCCUAACAUUUAAAGAGUUUUUUUUCUGAUUCAUUCUGCUGUUUGUGUGUUUACAUGUCUGUUAAAUAGGAAACCCCAAGUUUCUUGAAAAAUAAAUAAAAAAUUAUCCACUUAAUUUUGAAGAUUUCUGAAAAAUACAUAUAUAAUAUUGUGUUUUAAAUGACGAAUAUCAAUUGACCCUUUUCUCCUGUAAUGCCGUAAGCACAUUCUUGCAAGUCAUUCUUCCAUUGCAUUCAUACAACAUGGGGUAACAUUACGGUAUACAACUGAUUUACAUAGAAUGCCACACACAUGCCUUGACAGUACUGCCUAUAAAGUAAAAAAAAAAAUGGAAAAUCCACGUCUACCUUGAAAAUAAUUAUAUGGUUGUGCAAAAUGUUCCUAUCAAAUAGAUAGUCCUUAUUCAAUUGUUUUUAGCAUUUUUCCUUAUUUUAAGUGGUCCUAUCACUGUGACCUUGCUUUGUCACAGUGAUAGGAACACUGGAAACAACUUUAUGAAAAAGUUUGGUGUGUAAUCAAUAAGAUCAUGCACAAGGUUGAUGGAUUAUCUGACUGUUACAUUAAACUGGAUGGUUAACUAUGUAAAUCUAUAAUUUGAUGUGAAUUUAAAACAAAUUCCUUGUUAUCUGUAAUUUUGUAACUAUAUAUAUAUAUAUAUAUAUAUAUAUAUAUAUAAAACCUUAUAUGAACUCUUUUACACAUUUGCUGUAGUGAUAUAGCAAUGCUAAUAUUUCCUGUUCUACUUCAGUUUAUGUAAGUCUCCAAAAGUAUUGCUUGUUGGCAGAGUUCCACCUGGGCCAUUCGUUUCUGAGACCCCGUGAGGCUUACAUUCUUAACCCACUGUUAAAGGAACACUAAACAUUAGGAAUACAAACAUGUACUCCUAACACUUUAUUGUCCCCGCACCUAGUUAUAGUGGUAGGCAAAGCCUACUGCAAGACAUGGCAUCCUCCAGUUAAUGGUCUAGUCCAAUGCUCCUCUUAGAGAAUAUCUAUUGUCCUACUUGGGUUGCACCGCCAGGUGACGGAGUUGUACUCGGUCAUUGCAAUAGUAGCAUCUCCAGUGGUGGUCAGUGCAGCAGCCAAUGGAGGUGUGUUUCAGCAUUCAAUGUAAACACUGUCCUUUCUGCAAGUCUACCGUGGACCACUGCACCUAGGUUACUUCAUUGAGAAGAAGUGGCCUGUGUGACUUUAGUGGUCCUUUAAGCAGAACAUGUCAUUCAGAGAUACAGAUUGUCUUCUUUUUUUUUUGGUGGUGCAUAGCAAGCAUAUGAUUUGUACAGUACAGGUGUGUCCGACAUUGGCCGAAAAGGUUUAACUCAGUACAGCAAUAGCAUAGCACCCCCUUUUUUUUUUUAAGAAAAAAGUACAAUAACAGUAUAUAACAAUUUGAGCGCAUCUGAGAGGAGUUGUGAGGUGUCGUUUGCCUAGUGAUUGAGCUGUUGGCAUGCGUGGGUGUGAUUCACUAGGCGCUUUACCAUAAUGCCUAAGGGGUGAUGUGCUUCCUCCUUGCUAUGUGAUACCCCUGACCAAGGGGGCAGCGGGGGGUGAUGUGGUAGUAUGCGUUGAGACUCAUGUCUCUGCGGAUUCUAGCGCUCAUGUUGGGUGGUAACUUGAACACGUGUGGGAGAGAUCAAAGGAAAAAAACAACCAAAUAUACAAAUGCAACUUAAAGCAAACAUAUAGAACAGCGUCUCGUUGAAUUUGCCCCGGGGAUGCUGCUCAAGUGCUAUGGCUGUAUUUGUCGGCCCAGUCCCCAUGUUUUGUCAGGUUUCAGUUGCCUGUGAGCCUCCGGCUCUCGGGACGAAGGGUGGUGACGCGGGUAGGGUCCCAAGUGUCCAUGGGGGUGGUGGACCAAUCCCAGUGCUUGUAGGAAGGCCGGUGCCCCCUCGAUCGACAUGAGUGUAUGAUUAGUUCCGUUGUGGGUUACCACAAGAGUUCCUGGGGUUCCCCAUCGGUAGGGUAUGGCCGCGGAUCUUAGUUGAGAGGUGACUGACCCCAAUGAUUUACGCCAGACCAGGGUGCUUUUUGUGAGGUCUUGAUAAAAUGUUAGGGAGGAACCCUCGAAGGUCAGAGGUGUUUUAUUCCUCAGUGCCAUCAUGAUCUGGUUCUUGUCUUGGGAGGUUAAGCAGCGACGAAUGACGUCUCGUAGAUUGUCUUAUUUUUAAGGCAGCUUCCAAGGAACGAGGUGUACAGUGCUACUUAACCAUCUUAGGCUUAAUGCAUGGCCACAUCACUCUAGUUAUGCUGUUUGAUACUAGUAUAAUAUUUGCUAUAAACUGGAAAUGGUUGAAUUGGCAAUAUUGCAGUCUGCAGUUGGCUUUGCCUUUUAGAUGGCUAGUGGAUAACGUUCCAUUUACUAUAGUUCCAAGUUUCAGUAUUGAGUACCUGCUAUAGCCUUGUCAGAUUUUCAUCCUUCUGAUAAAAUGAAUACAAUUAAUUUAGACAAUAACAUUUUGGUGGGGGGCAACCCAUAGUAUUGUGGAUCCAUACUUGUAUCAGUAAUCGAUGUUUAAUAUUCAAGAGCAUCCAGUGACUGUAAAGACAUAUUCCUAAAGAGCUCACAAAUCAUGUGUAUAUAUAUUUGUUUGAUUAUUUUUCUUGAUGUUCUUAUGUUAAUGGAUUACUGUCUCUCUUUUCAGAUUAUCUCAUCGAAGAGCCUGCCCAACUGGAUGAACUCAUAUUUGGGAUUGGAGAAACCAUAGAGUUGUCCUGCAGUGCAGAAGGUUCCUCCAUGGCUACCUCGUGGUUUAAAGAUGGUAUUGCCAUCUUUGCAAACAACAGAACACGUACACAACAGAACAUGCUGAAGAUAAUCAAUGUAUCCUAUGAUGAUUCUGGGAUCUAUAGCUGCCGAGUGUGGCCUUACAGUGAAAUUCUCCGCAAUUUUACCAUAAGAGUAUCAGGUAAAUGCUAAUAUUUAUCAGGAAGACCAGAGCUAAUCAUUUUAGAUACAAAUUACUGAUCGGUUUAGGCUAUUAAACCUUAUAUCACUCAUCCUCGGCAUUAAUUUGGGGAGAUGUUAACAUUGUGUGUAGUAGUCAAGUUGAGUUGAUACUAUGUCUUCUGGUAAAAACAUUGUUAUUAAUACAACAUCUAAACAACAUGCAUUCAGAAACAUCAGGAACCCAGCAUUUAAAGAGACACUAUAGUCACCCAGACCACUUCAGCUCAAUGAAGUGGUCUGGGUGCCAGGUCCCCCAGGUUUUAACCCUUCAGAUGUUCACAUUCCGGGGUUAAUCCAGCCUCUAGUGGCUGUCUUCGUGGAAAACGCAUUCAGUGUGCAGAACGUCCAUAGGAGAGGAGAGGUCACCAGCGUUGAGGGAGCCCAGCGCUGGAUUAAGGUAAGUAACUGAAGGGGUUUUAACCCCUUCAGCGCCAAGGGAGGGGGGCCCUGAGGGUGGGGGGGGACCUAAGGAUUGUGUAGUGUCAGGAAAAGAUUUUGAUCCUUUAAACAUCCACAUAAUCAUUAAGGCUUACCUGGUAGGCUAUAUGUUCUUCAUAAAUCAAUUUGCAAUAUGUUCUCAUAGAAAUUAUAAGGCCUACUCAUCUUAUUCACUUAGACAAAAACAAUUAGAGAUGCACGGGAGACACGGGUCAAAGUAAAUUGUCGGCUACUUCCUUUACAUUGCACAAACUGUUACCAUCAGAAUUGUCAAGUCAACUAGGUGUCGUUUGCUGAUUCUUCAUUUGUAUUGUGAAUUAGUGAGUUUGCACAUACAUGUAUGUUGUCAGGCACACCAAUACUCCAGUUGAAAGUAAUCAGAGACCAAAGAUUUGUUGCAAAAAAAGUAAAUUAAGAGGUACUUUUAUUUAUUUUUAUUUAUUUUUUUUGUUGCAUACAUUUAAAAAAAAUUCAAACUAUAUCAUUCAACAAUGCAAAGCAAUAUUUACGUUUAAAAUGUACAUUUCAUAGUACAGAAAAUGUAACAUAAAAGAAGAUAGUUUUAUCUAUACUUCUUUAUACACAUUAUUUUUUUAUUUAUUAUUAUUAUUCUUUAUUUUUCUUGUGCAUAGUUUAACAAGAGCGUGUAGAGCCACGACAGCUUCUACAAGCAUUUCCAUAACAUUACAAAGCAUGGCUGCUUAGACGGCACAUUUUUUAUAUUACAUGAAAAUAUCAUACGAUUAGACAUCAUGUUUGUAGUAUAACUUGCUAGGCUAGACAUGCAUAGAACAGAACUAGUUGCUCUUUAGGUUAUGUGUGUGUAUCUUGGUUGUAGUGUGACAUAUAGGCAUUAGGAGCACAGUGAUUGAAUUAACUAGAUGUGCAGUUAGCAGAGGUAACAGUGCUUUCUUUAAUGCAGGCUAGUUGUCUGAAUGUAUGCCUACAUAGCGCAUUAAAAAUAUUAAAAAGAAAACUUAUUGUUAGUGAUGUACUUUGCAGUAACAGUUUAGAGUCAACGAGUUAAGUAGUAAGAAGCAACGUCAGGGAGGUCGGAGACAAGUGCUUAGUAGUGGUAAGCGGUUUUGGUCCGCAGCGGGCAGACAGGCAUAAGUAGGGGACACAGCCUAAAUAUAUGUGAUAUAUUAUGGUAUCCUAACCCUCAGUGCGUGUGUGUAGAGGCUGGGUAAUGUUAGGUGAGGGGCGGUGAGUAUGCGCUGGAACCCCUUUUGGUAACAUGAGUAAAUUAAACACAUAGCUGCUUCCCUUGAGGAUCACUUGGGAAAAAAUCAUACAGACAAAAAAAACCCAACGAUAUAUAUCGGAAUAUAAGAGGCAGGAUAGCGUCUCUUGUGUGCAGCUGGUAUGCCGUUUCCCAUAUCUCCCCAAAAGGUUAGGGUAUGGCCAUUAAGUUCCUCAGGCCCCGCUUAACUUAUGCCGUCCCGGAUGUAAGCAUAGUCCCGUGCCCAGGGGGGAUGCUGCCGACUUUCCCAGCUAGUAAGGGCUUGGUAGGGUGGGCCUCUCUGUCCCCAUGGGUUUCCCCUUAAUACCUCAAUGAGAGUCUGUGUCCCGGUGUUGUCCCGCCAUCGCUGUUGCUGUCUGGCAGGCAUGGGCUGGACCAGAGUGGUGCUUGGUUCGUGGCUCGCUCGUGGGGCGCCCCCUCAGGUGCCGUCUGCUCGGUCGCAAUAUCCCUUUACUGUGUGGCCGAUUACAGGGGGAUCUUGCUGCAGCAACUCGCACCUUCAGGGUGAUGGGUGAGUGGGCUAGUGCGCCUCUGCAUAGGUACUUUCGGGUUCCAAGAGGCUGCCUUCUUGCUCCUGUUGCCACCAGACAUAUCUUUGGUCCCCUGCCUCGUGGUGAUUUCCCGCCAGCUCCAUUUUUCCAUGCAGCCCAGUGGUAGGAGUUUCUGUGUGGUCUUUUGUUUGGGUAUGCUUGUGGGAGUGCGCGGCAGGGUGUCAGGCCCUUUCUCCGGGGUUGUUGGGGACAGAAGAGCUUCCAGCUUUUCCCAGAAGGCUUGAAAGGCUUUGUCCAGCCGGUUCUCUGCCAAAGUCUGCUCGCCUCGAGUGCUGGUUGAGUACACUGUCUCCGCCAUUUUGUGUGUGCUACUACUGCUUGGUUCAGGUCCCGUGAUUGCUGUAGCGCUUUCGCCAGGUUGUGCCCGGGUCUCCCGAGGCCGGACCGGGAUGACCCCCACCAGUCCAGAGGGGGGGAGAACAUGGGCCUUGUUUCGGUCUGUCCGCCAUGGAUGUCAGCAGGGGAGCGGCCGUCUCCCUUGCGCCGAUCAUGUGAGUAGGCCAUGCAGGAGGAGCGGGUGAGUUGCGCUGCACAGGCUGCUUGUGUGGCACCAUCCUGUGCCUCUCUGUGUCACCUUCCGCCUGGUGGCCUUUUUGAGCCGAUUGGGUCGCUUUUUUUAUGGGUGAAAACCGAUUAAAUCACGGUGUGAAGCAGGAGCUGCACAGGUUAGUGUCUUCUCACUUCAGCGGUUAGGCCCCGCCCCCCUUUAUACACAUUUUUAAAACACAGAUUAUUAUUUUAUUAUUUAUAUAGUGCCAGCAAAUUCAGUAGCGCUGUACAAUGGGAUACACAGAUACUCAUUUGCACAGUUUUUUUCAUCCUUAAUUCAUAAAAUUUAAUUAGCAUCUCAUUAGUCAAACUUGAUACUAAUUAUUAAAAACAAAAAAUUCAUGAGGGGCAUGUAAAUGCCAUUUUUACUGUUUAUGUAUGAACCAUAUGUAUCUCAAUUGAUGGACAACAUUUUUCCCAUAAGUGAUGGCUAGUAGCGGGAUUUGUGAUGUGCCUAUGGAAUCUCCAUGGGAGUCACUGUCUGUGUUCAGGAUUAAAAAGAAAUGGAACAAAAGGUUUUAGUGGAAAGUCGUUUUUUUGUUGUUUUUUUCUGUCCUCUGACUCCCUGUCAUACAUCUGCUUUUAAUCACACUUUAUUUCAGAAUCCAGCAGACAUUUUGAGGUCACAUCAAUUAAAUUGUAAAAAAGCAUUUGGAUUUUAAGAAGCUGCCCCUCCCCUUUUCUCUCUCCCUGUAAAAUAGUAACAGGAGAAGAGUCCAGAGGACUUCUGAGUUCUUAAAAACGUGUUUGUGUCUAUAAAAUUGCAUUAGAAUGCUUUCAGAAUCCAAGGGGCAACUUAAAGGCAGGAGUUAGGCAGCCAGUGGUAAAUGGAAUGGAAACCAGCUGUGGGUCCAGGAAGGUUAAGGAGAGAAAAUGUUUUGAUAGCGUGAACAAUAAUAAUCUAAAUGAUUUAAAGUAUCAAAUCUCCAGGUAUUUGUUUUAUUUUCUCUCUUCUACUUUAUAACUAUGGAGGAUGAAAGGCAUGGGCAAUAGACGUUUGUGGGGUUUUUUUUUUUUGUUUUUUUUACAUGUCCUUCUAUUACACUUUAAAUUGCUAAAAUUCCAGUAGGAUUUUAAUAAAAAAUAAACAUGGGUGUGUUCUCUUACAAAUACAUACUGCUCCUUUAAAUAUAGAUACUUCUAAUAGAUUCAUAGUGCAGGCUAGCAAAGUACUAUCAUGAAUAUAAUUACAUGCCAAAAACUGGACAUGCUUUAAAAUGGACUUACUAUCCAAAAACAUGUUUUAAUCCUCUUCCAGUGAAAUUAAUUUAUCAUCUUAUCACCUCAGAGGAACCGCUGUGUUUAAUUUCACACCGGCAGUAUAUGAAUUCUGCAUACUGACACUGGGUUACAAGGUUGCCAUUUGUUGUCCAGAUGUCUGUGAAUUCUGCAAACUAUCAGACAGGACUUGAAGUACAGGCUUCAAGUGUGAAAUUAAUUAAUUGAUUUAGGAUUUUGCAAUCGAUUUAUGACUUAUCAAUGAUUAUUUAUUGAUUUCACAACGGAAGCACAUGAAUUCCACAUACUUUCAAGCCCUGUUCGACAUAAUACAGAAUUUGUAAAUGUUCCUCUUACCAGCAGCUAGAAUUUAUAUGCUUCCUGUAGAAUCGUAGCAGACAGGCAACAUUGUACUUCAGCCUUUAUCAUUCUAACAUAUAUUUCUAGAAUGAUUAAAAAAAAAAAAAGUUUUAAAAAAUAUAAAAAUAAAAUGGCAUCAUUACAUUUUCUUGCAAAGUUCCAACAUGUGUCAUUUGGAUAUAUUCUUUUUUUCUUCUCUUCUCUUAACCUUAUUUUUCAGUACGUUUUCUUCUAAAUUAAUUCUGUGAAUAAGUAGAAAUUGGUGUUAUAACUUUUUUAUUAUUAUUAUUAUUAUUAUUAUUAUUAUUAUUAUUAUUGAGCAUUAAACAAACUGCCUGAGAGACAUUAUUUUUUUUUUUCCUGAAUGGUUUUCAGGGAAUUGCACCCGAAUAGUGAAAAUGAAAUCUUUAUAUUAUAACAAUAGCUAACUUCAAAGAAAGACGUGCACUAUUACCGCAGCUACUGUCAUCACCCUUGACACCUCUUAUACUGGAUCUAUGCAUUAUGUAGAAGGAAUAAGAAAUAUAUUUUUAAGUGGAAAUGUUAUGUUGAAUCCCCUUAAGGCGAGUCAGCUUGAUGGAAUUCCAUUGAACCAUUAUACAGAUUGUAUGGCAUGAGAGGUCUGCACAGAAAUCAAAAUGUUAAUGUGAGUACAGUGUGCUGGCUGGAGAUUCUGUGUAGCAAUGUGUGCAAUACUCUUUGAUAUGUAAAGUAGAAUUUAACAAUUUCAGCGCCAGAAUGAACCUGAUUAACUUUGAAUAGAAGAUGAUCAUUUCUUUUAUAGCUCAAAUUGUCAUGUUCCACAUCCAGCUGGCUCAUCUCAAUUUUCAACCUUCCACGUUCAAAAAAAAAUUGUACCAUUAAGUUGGAUAAUAAUAAGAUAUAGUCAGGACACACUUGAAAACUAUCAAAUGCUAAAUGUAUUCUUCCUGGCUUUAUACAUUGAUAUUGUUAUAUCGUAUAUUACCAAGUUGUACAUUUGCUGGGUUUGGCCCCUGUCCUGACACCCAGAGGUAGCCACCCAGCUGUUGUAGAAUUCUUAAUUUUUCUGUAUCCUGUAUGCUGACAAUAAAUCAGAUUGCUAGACUUUAUUCUGUAGCAAGCCAGGUACCUGUUGCUAUGGUUACUAAAAACAUUUUUACUUCCUUUUCUGAUAAACAAAUAAGCUGUCAUUAUAUCCUUUCAUUUUAUUUUAUCUUGAGUGAUAAGAAAAUAUCAUGUAAUCAAGUUAGAUGUCCCAUAAUUAAAAUGGUUUGCAAAACAACAGCUUAGUGAUUUGAUUUGAGUUAUAUAGUGUAUUUAUUAAGUUUGAUAAACAAACCUGUCUGCUUGCCCUCUAUGUCUGAGUGCAUAUUCUGAGGGAGAAUCUCCUGAAAACAUCCAAAAAAUACAUUUUAACGAGUAAAAUAGUAAAACGUAGUAUGGUUAAAUAUAUAAGAACUCCUGUCAUCUUAAAGUAAGUCCUUUAAAAAUGGCUACAGUCUGUCAAUAGUUCUCAUUUGAGAUUACCAUCCAAAAUACAAAGAAUCUCUAGAACUCGACAACAUUAUUUAAUCCAUCAUUCUUUCCCCACAAAGACACCAUCAGCAUUUUAAAUAAAAAUCAUUGAAUUUAUGCGGGGAUGGGCCAGAUUAACAGGCCGUUUAGAGCUGGUCGUGAAUUCCUCACAGACUUUACAUGUGACCUGGGGUUCAUGUUUUUAAACCAAGUCUGCAAUGUUUAUAUGAAAAAUCUUUGGAUGCGCUGAUUAUUACAGUAGCUUCAGAGUUGGGACAAAGUAGCUCUCUGGCUAUUUGUGAGACAUGGUUGCUGGGCCACAUUGGCUGAUCACAGUGGACUCACUGGCAAACAGAACAGUCAACAGCCAGGCUGGAAGUGUGGCUCUCUAAGUUAUGACAUACUUGCUUUUUUUUUAAUGGGAGCAGCCAAUUGUUUUAUAGUAAAUGCAAAAUUAAUUUUUUUUCAGCGCAGUUUAUCAUCAGUUGUCAUUUUGCAGUUCUAUUAAGCAGGCAAAGUGCCAUGCUCAUAUUUAGCCAGUGAAAACUUAUUUUUAAUGUGAAUAUUUUUCUUCCCAUGUAAAUUUGCAAAGAAUAACCACAUUCCUUAAGUUUAGCAACAACAAUCCAAUUUAAUUAACAACUAUAGAGCUUCUACAGUAUUUAGUAUUAUUAGAAUGGUUAAUUCUAACAGGAAUGUCAGCCAUUUUUAAAUCGCAUGAUUGUGGCAUUAGUCAGACCUGUCAGGUACCUGAUUAGUGACAUUUUGUGUAGUUUUGAAGGGUUUCCCUGCUCUGCUUUUUGUUCUCUGUUAACUUUGCACUUGAUGUUUUUUAAAAAAAUAUGUAUAUUUAGAUUACACAUAUACAAGUGUUGAGUUUAGAAGUAGCAAUAAAACCUCCUUUUUCUUCUUCUUCUUAUAGACCUUCCAUCAUCAGGCGACGAUGAAGAUGAUGAUGAGGAAUCCGAGGACAGAGGUAAUUUGAUUCCUUUGUAUUUCCAUGUAUUUUAUGCAGGAUGUAUUGUUGUAGAUAUGCUCAAAUAAUAUGUAUUUCCUUUGACGAUAUUGAGAUUAUUGUGUGUUUCUUGCCAUUAUUUAUAAUUUAAAAAAUAUAAGGCCAGAGUAACCAAAUUAAAAGCAUAGCUGACUUAGCGAAUGUUUCCUGUUCAGCCAUUUUGAAAUUCACUUGAAGUUGUAUACAACCCAAAUAUGUGAUUUGCCAUCAGCAAACACCCAUUAUUUCUUUUUCUUCAUCAAAUUUAGAUAUUUUAUAGAAAAGUCGGAGCUUUAUAUAUAGCUCACACUGAUUAAAAGUUAAAACUAAGGUACCUGAUAUGAAACAACUGAACUUGUGUACUGGAGGAUGUAUCCAUGAUUGGUUCCAUUUUGAUUUUGGAACAUAUUCAAUGAAGUCCACUUUGGUUCUGUUGAGGCCAGUCUGUUCUUCUUAAAGUAACUUUCAGUAGGAUGGCCUUUAUUCCCAUAAGUCGUUGCUUUAUCAACUGUAACCACACUGCAGGUAAUGAAUAGUUCUAGCUCAUGUGCUGAGUGUUCUGUAUCCAUUAGUUGAAGGUUCUGUGACUAUGGAACCUUGGUCCCCCUUUGCCUUAAGGAGUAGGAAAGAAGAUGAACACAGUUAGAUAUCAUUGUCGCAUACACAUCAGAUUUCUAAAAUUAUGUUUCUCAACAUUUGUUUCACAGUAAAAUUUUUAUAAACGUACCUAUCAAAAGAGUACUCUAAGUCAUAUAGAGAGCGCAUACUUUUGACAUCAUCCCUAGCAUAAACUACUUCAUCCCAACCUAAUCCUCAAUGUUACUCACUAAUGCUAUAGACCAGGCAAUAGUUGGCACUCCACAACACUUGGUGUUAGAAAGAUUGUCUACCCCUGCUAUAGACCAUAGCUCCAGAACAACCUUCUAUCUGUGUCUGGUUAUCCAACAAAACUUUGGGAUUGGCUCAAGCAAGAUUUAAGUGUUUCAGUUUGUGCUGUUUUGUUUCCAAGGUAAUGCCUAUUCUGUUUUUAGAUCUUGCUGACUGUGAAUACCACUUGUCCCCUUGUAUGACUGUGGGGGCUUAUUUUUCCAUGAUUGUGAUGACAUUCUGUGCCAGUAGACUGCUUCUGCUCUAUAAUUCAUCCAGUCUUUGCCAACCAUAGCAGCUUGCAUCUGGCUCCUUUAAAUACUUUGUUUAAUGUGUUCAGUGUGGAAUUCUUGCUCAUCACUAAAUUAGCCACAUUCUCAAAUGUUUCAUCUUAUUCUAACCACUUUACUUGGCUCAUACUGCAUCAUUGAUGCCUAUUUAGCAAUAACGUAGUUUAAUACUGUAAGAAUAGAUUAUUUUGUAUUUCUUUUACUGAAACUGAGUUAAGACAAAGGACUUCAUGAUUUAAAUGUUGGAGGUGUGGGGAUUCUCCAUUUGCUCUUUAAUUGUACAUUUUUACCAGCUCUAAGGCAAGGAUUUUGAGGAGUAAAAUCAAACAUUAAUGGCUACCUUUGGCACAAAUGCAUUAUGGGAAAUCCCCAGUUCCAAGAUCUAUUCAUUUCAGCCUUAGGAGGCUUCAUUUGCGUUCACAAGAUACAGUUCCAGGUCCAGGUUGGACAGAAUUGAUAUUGGUAAUGUGGAAGUGUAAAUUUGCCUUUAUCAUUCUGGAUUGAGAGGGGCCAGUCUACAGGUGCUACAUUUGUUAGGACUCUUUAAAGCUGUUUGACAAAAUUAUAGGAUGACAUACAUAACCUCUUUGCACCAAAAUGUCUGAGCAGAGUUAUAACGUAUGAUGUUUAGACUGACCUUUACUAACCAUAAGUUUUGUUGUGGCUACUAGUUACACUGAUACAGUGUGGAAUGACCAAGGACCAUUGCAUUUAGCCACGUACAGUGUGUGUAAGGACAGCAGUGGAAUGUCUUGUGUUACUGAAUUUUGUUGUUGUUCCCUAUCUCAAACAAUGUAUGAGAGUGGUUUGUGAGAAUGAACUAGAAUUUUGUUUAUGAUGUGCCCUCUGUCAUUUAUCUCUACAAAUGUUAUACAGUUUGUUCUCUUAGAAACAAACUCUAUCUUUCCUACAGAUGUUUAAACCGGUUACAUGGUUUCUGAUACACACAGGAGAGUUAGUUCGGGUGUAGCAGGUUUCCUUGGCCAACACAACCUGUUUCAACUCGUAGCAAUAGCAGUUUAUUCCAAACAAAACACACUACUAAUACAGUAACACAGGAAGAUAACUUAGUAUCACAACUUUUUUAAUUCUUUAUUUAUUUCCAGUUUGUUUUUUUGUUGGGUAGGGGUACAUAAAAGAAGUGGGGUCAGGUGAGGGAUUUAAAACAUUAAUAUUGCGAGUCAGAAUUGUUCACAGUAAGUUUGCACGGUAACAGUGAAGAGAAAAUUUUAAUCCCUUGAGUUGCGUUAACAGGAGCUUGACGUGUGAUUCUGUGGGAUAGUGGUGUGUAUAAAAGAAAACAUAUAGAAUUGACUACAUUAUAAUCUGGAGCAUCAGUUGGGUGUUUCUUCUUGCCUGUUGAGAUUGAGGCUUUCGUGUGUCUCAUGGGUGUGAUUGCGUCCGUCGUCUUAUCUUUGUAUGCUUUUCUUGUGGUCUGUCCUGUUUUAUGUUGUUUAAGUUACGUGUGUCUUGGUUUGAAAGGUGAGGUGGUGGUGUAUGAGAGUAGUUGGUAGGCGCUGUUCGUCCUGUGGACGGGGUAGGGGGUAUCUUUAGAGGUCUGUCGGAAGUGUUAGGGGUUCAUCCGUGGGCAUGGGGGUGGGGUAGGGGUGAGGAGAGGAGGAGGGAGGUGAAGUGGGGAAAAGGUGUGUGGUAGGCAGUGAGGGGAAGUGGGGAGGUUGGGUGGGUAGAGGGGAAGUGGAAGGAGGACCUGAAGAAGUGGGGGUUGUUUUGGCUGGUGGUCGUUGUUUGUGGGCCUAAGGGGGUUAGGGUAGUAUCACAACUUUAACCCUAACAUUGCAAAAUAUUGUACCUCCUGCCAAAGACGAGUUACCUGUCCUUUUGCACUGGAGUAGCUAAUACCAGCUCCGUUGUUUGUUUUAUUUUCCGCCUGGCUGGCUGAGAUCCUUACUCUUAACCUACUUUGUUAUCCUUAUAAGAAAGUCCAAGAUGCUCGUUCCCUGGGAAUACAGUUUUUUUUUUGUUUCUGCAUGUCUCUUGAGAUAAAAUGCGGGUAUUAAUUGGGGGUGGUAUGGUGCCAAAGCACACCACUGAUGAUGGCAUGUGGUUUUUUGAAAACCAAUAAUUUGCUGAGAACCUCCUGAGUUCACAUAAGUUAAUAUUUUUCCCUAAGGUCAGGCCAGCCAGAAGGAAUCCAGUGGGCUGUACAGUACACUAGAAGCUGUUGUCACAGGAGGUUAACAUGUUCUGAAAGAGAUUUACCUUAAUUAACCCUUCUGAAUGUUCUUGUAUUAUUAGGUUUUCGAAAUCUGUGUUUUUUUUUAUACUGCAUUUUUCUUAUUUGUAAUUUUUGUAGGACAAUUUUAAUGAUCCUUUAAAAAAAAAAGUGUAAAUUUUAUGUAGACUCACUUGUGUAAACAUAUUCUCAUACAUUCAUAUAUACAUGGAUAUGCAUAUACAAACAGCCAAUGGCCAGUUAAUUAGACAUCUUUUCACGUAAACUCAAGUUACUGUCAUAUUCAGAUUCAAGUUACUGUCAUGAUCUUGGAAGCCACUUGAGAUGAUUGUUCAUUAGAACAUCGAUACUAGAAGUGUCUAUUGGAAAAUGGCAAGAAUGUGACCAUAAAUUGGUGCUUAGAUUUAGUAUCAAGGGGUUCCAUAACACACCAAGAAAUCAUUUCCUAUGCCAUUACAAGACCCCAAGAAAUCAGCAUGCUCUUUGAAAUCUAAUCUAUAUAUUUAAUUAGGAAUCCGUUGUCUUGUUUUAGUCAGUGCUUGUUUCCCCAGCCUCUGUCUUCCUUUUGCUUUCUGACAGCAGAGGUCCACUGUACUAUCUUCUGCUGUUGGAACCCACUAGGUUCUAGGUUUAAUGGAUUGUUCUAUCAGUUACCCUCCUGUACACUACUGUAAAUAAUGCUUCUUCGUUCUCGGUGUCUGGUGUCAGCUUGAAUUGUUAAGCCUAUUCUCCUCUUAUCCCUGUAAUUAAUAAGGUGUUUCCACUCACAGACCUGCUUCGCAUCUAUAAUUACACAUUUUUAUAUAUAUAUAUAUAUAUAUAUAUAUAUAUAUAUAUAUAUAUAUAUAUAUAUAUAUAUAUAUAUAUAUAUAUAUAUUUAUAUAUAUAUAUAUAUAUUGUGCCUUAGUAUACAAGUUCCAGGCACCAUCAAUGCUACAAUGGUCAAAGUUAGUUAGAUUAUGCAUUUUUUUCCCAUAAUCAAAUCAACCGUACAUUUAAACACCUGCUAAAGCUAUUGACCAAGAUAUGCUUUGAAUAUUGAGAUGGAGUUAUCAGAUCUGCCGUUAUCGCUCUAUCAAUCACUGUCUGCUGCUCUUUUGGCUUUUCUUGUACAAAAUCAGGUACAUAUACAAUAUAUAGUUGUAUAAAAAGAUAUCUAUCCAAGAUAAAAAAAAUAUAUAUACAAUUGGGAACAAAGUUAGAUAAAUAAAAAAUAAAAUGAUGUAACAAUAAUGGAUCUGCAUCUACUCGUCCUGAGUUUGAUUUUCGAUGUUUUGGAGACAAAAAAAACAAAAGUAAGUGAUGGAGGACAAGAGAAACAAAGAAGGAGGAGGGAGAGGAAUGAAGAAUAUUGUGUGGGUGAGAGAAUGCUAGUAGGUUGUAAAAGGUAUUUGCAUACUCAGGGGUUUCUUUAGGAUUUUAAGUGCAGAAGUACCUACAGAAAUACACACAUCAUUUUAUUUUUUUAUCUGUUUUUUUUUAUCGUGAAGCCAUUCAGGGCUUGCUGAGAUCUAUUGGUGUUUUAAUGAGAUGCGCAGGUAGAAACCCAAAAAUAUCAUAAAUCAUCUCAGCAUGUGUCCUGACUUGUUGAUGUCACUGUGCAUGAAAUAUAUCUUCAGUGUUCUAGCUCUCAGAAAUGUUUUUUUUCCACAUUAUUUAUGAAAAACAUCAAUUGUCAUUUGCUUUUUAACUCCAAGGGUGCAGAUUAUGUGGUCUAUCAGUGACCAUCCAUGUUCUAAGUACUUAAGGAGUUAAUCGCCCUAUUGCUAAAUGAUGGCUGGAGCCUUUGCAGUGUAGAAUUUACCUGUAUAGCUCAUACCAUGUUUAGAAGUGCUGUUUUCAAGCAACUGAUCACAGAAUUUAGAAUUUGGGUUUUGUGCAAGUGACUGAUCAGUGAUGCUAAAGAAUAGGUGUUCUAUAAUUUUAAUGAAAUGAUGACAAAUUUGAGUACUAUAAAGUCACCUAAAAGGUGCGAGCGAAAAUUAAACUAAUUGUUUUGAAUAUAGUGCAAACUACUUUGUGAAAACGAAAUAAAUAGAAUUUAUUUGUAAAAUCAUUAUCAUACCACUGCAAGACAAUUUGCAGAACUAACACCAGGGAACUUUAAAAUAUUGUACAUGCGAAAAAUUACCUAAAUUCAUUUACAGUGUUACUUUAAUUGAAUUAAUUCAGUAUAUUAGUUGUCAAACUGGGGUCACUCCCUGGUACCUUAAAAGGUGUUUGUCCGGAUCAUACACGAGGGACAGCGUUCAAAUCUUUUGUAGGGAGAAAUUUUACCACAAUGCAGGAAGGGAGAGAAACCAUUUCUUAAAUAAAGUAACACACUUUAUGAAUCUGAGAAGUUAUCAUGUCUGUUUGACAUGGAAUUAUUGCUUACUGCAAACUGUUCUGAGCUGGAAGAGAUCAGUAUGUGCCUUCCAAACAUGGCUUUUAGCUGCUUUAGAAAGUUGAGAACCUUUCAAAUAGAGAACUUCUUCGAAUAGUAAGUUUUGGAACUGCAUCAAUGUACGGGAGCUUGUCAACACUUUAAACAGAGUUUAUUGUAUAUGACGGGAAAGGGGCUGUCUGCUUGUACAGUAAAGUGCCUUGCCAAGUUUGGAUUCGGCCGUAUGCACUGAACAUUUUGUUAAAGUAGAGACACGGUGUAAUGGAAGAUAGCCUAACAUGCAAGGGGAAGCUUAAACUAACUGUGUCUUAUCACACGAUCAUAUUGGUGAUUUAUUUAAAAUUUAGGGGGUGUUGUAAUGUAGCAGGAACAAUAAAAACAACUCUGCUCCUCUGUAUUUUAUAUAUGAUUUAUAAUGAAAUACAUUUACCCAGUCUUUCAUUGGGAUGAUUGGAUUACAUUAUAUAAAAGGUGUGAGUGGAUAUGUUUAUUUCACAAUUUCAGCACUGGUAUGCAAUGUGUGCUGUACAUGCAAAAGCAUUUUUUCACAAAAAAAAAGAGAGAAAGGGAAAAAAAGUAUUUUUGAACUUUCCUCAUAGAGAUGCAUUGAGUCAAUGAUUCUCUAUGAGGAGAUGCUGAUUGUCCAGGUCAGCAUUUGGCUCCGCCCCCGACCCACAUCCUUGGCUGAGAUCAUCAGAAUUGACUAUCUCAGACUAUCUCAGCCAAUCCAAUUCUUUCCUAUGGGAAAGCAUUGUGAUUGGCUGAGAUUAUCAAUUCUGAUGAUGUCAGGCAAGGAGGCGGAUGAGGAGCAGAGCCUGUGCCAGCAAACCCGCACAGCGCUAGAAAUUUUGGGAGUUUUUACUAGCUUUAAGGGUGGCAAGGGGAGGAGCGAGGGGGGGGGUAAAUAGUUAGUUUAACACUAUAGGCUCUGGGAUGCGUGUUUGUAUAGUAUUCCAAAAUAUCUAGUGUACCUUUUAACAGUGUAAUUUAAAAACCACUGUGGUUUUUAAAAUAUAUAUUUUUCUUAAGAAAAAAAUCAUCACCAAUAUCUGUGUUGCACUAAGUCAUAUGAUAUGUUUGUUUCUGUUUACAGAUGUGAAUUUUAUAUUGAGGCUAUUUAAAGUCUUGCACAGCGUUAUGCAGAAUGAACAGGAUAAGUGACAGAUCACAGUUUCUGUGUGCUUUAGUAACUGAGCUGUGUAAUUUUAAAGUCCAGCCGGUGUAUAAUUUGCAGGACAAUACAUGCUUUAUUGUAGAUAUGAUACCCCAAGCUUAGAGGAUUUGUAGUAUUCCAUGUCAGAUUCCUGUAAACUAGUGACUCCAAUGAUUGAUGGCAUAUAUUUACUGCCACAGACAUAAAACGGUCAUCUUUCCAAGCAGAAAUGCACAUCAUCUAAUAAUGUUUAGCUUUGUUAACCCUGUGCAGGAUAUAUGACUAAAUUGUCUACUUGUCUGUACUUUUAUCCUUUUCAGGAUGGUUGAGCAUUUACAAACAUCUGAAAUGCCAAGGUUCUACGUCUGUCUCAGUUAAUUGCCAGAUUAGUUUUUCUGAUUAGUAACUAACAAGGAUACCCUUAUAUUUAAAGGGGCUACUGUACAUGCCGUCAAUAGUUUCAAUCAUUUUUCAUUGCUGUAUUGUAAAGUCCUGAUGGCGCUGUAACUUUUUGGGUCCUGCCACAGACCCAGACAGUCAUGGCUUUAAAGAGCAUAAAUGUUGUAGAGGUGUAAAUGUUGUAUUCACUUUGUAGGCAUAAUAUCUUGAUACAUACUCUGUGCUAAAUUCUGCUCUGUUAGUGGUGCUUUUCGUUGCCUCAAUAUCACACUCAGGACAGUUUUAGAGGCUUUAUUGCCAUCAGAAUGUUCUUGCCAUUUAUUUGUACUAAAAGGUUUAAUUACUAAAUCAUAGAGUUAUAGGGGAGUUAAAUGCAACCCAUAUACACUAUUCUUGGCAAACAGGAAGCUUGGAAGCUAUGAUGGUGAACCAGAUUGGUCUAUCAUACAAAAUGAGAGAGAUGGCCAACAUUGAGAAUGAAAGGUUUCCCCAGACUGGUCAAUAUAAUAUUUGAGUGGUUCUUACAGCUGAUGAGUAAUGAAGAGUAGAUUCUUGAUGACGGUACUGAUGAUAUGGCCUGUGUUAUCAAAGUGAGAAAAAAUGAAUUCAACUCUCUAAUGAAGUAGAUUAUAACGUUAAAGUAUCAUACCAAGUUCAGUUCAAGACCAAGUGAUUUGCAAGAUAACAAAAGAGCAUUCUAUACACAAAUGGAAUACAAUUUGCUCAAAGUGGAAAUAAAAUGUGCUUUAUACACGUUACGUCAGCUGUGAGUAUACACCACAACUAUCAAUGACCUUCUUCAACUUAUGACUGAAGAAGCAAGAUGUCCUCUUGUGAUCUUUUCUUCCUAUAUUGUUCCUGAUACAUUUUUCCCUGUUGGGAUCCAGCCUACCUUCACCACUUAUUUUUCCUGGACCUCUCUGUCUUCAUUGAUCUUCUGGCUUGCUUGUUAUUAUCCUGCUCUUCUGUAUUCCUGGUCUUGGUGUUAUAGAAAAUCUGGUACCUUGGGUCCUAGAGGCAUUAGACUUAGGGGAAAAUAAAAAAAAACUCUGAUGUGAUACCAAAAGGAACAUCAAAACCGUCUUCUGCAUUUGUGGUUCUGAUCUCUUCUCGUCAGUGAGAAGAAAUUGGACCCCAAAAAUGUAAUGUGUGUAAAUGUAUUGAGUUGCAGUUACAUGAUAUGCAACGGAUAAAGCUAAUUUUGCAGCAAAGUGUCUUAGAGCUUAUUAGCGUAUUUUUUUAUAAUCUCCUGUUUCUCUUUAGUGAUUACAUUAACCUCUGGGCAAAGCCACAGCCUUUCCAGCUAUGUUUAUAUAUCUUAAGAGAAAUUAGCGAACAAUAAAUAAAUAAAUCUUCUGCUUAUGCAGUAAGAUCCAAGUAAAAGUGAAUUUUAUGCACCCUCCCUGCCAACGUGUAAGGAUUGGCUGAAGGUAAACAAAGCAAUAACAUAUUUUGUAAUAGUGUCUCUACGUUCUGACAAGGAAUAUUUAUAUUAAUGUGUGCUUCUGUACUGGUCUACUUUAGAAUGUUAACGAAUUAGCUUUAAUUUAGCUGAAAAAUAUAUUUCUGUUAAUUCCCACAUUACAAAUGAAGUGGUUUAUAACAUUAUAUUUGUUUAAACAUCUUUCCAAUCUUAUUAUUAACUUCUUAAGGACACAGGACAUGUGUGACAUGUCAUGAUUCCCUUUUAUUCCAGAAGUUUGGUCCUUAAGGAGUUAAAGGGGCACUCCAAUAACCAUAACAAUUACAUUUGUUUCCUCUUGUCAGUAUUAGUUUUGUACAGCGGCUGAUCGGGUUGGGGGGCACCAGGGCAAUUGCCCCCUCUCUACUCUGAGAUAGCAUUAAUGAGUAGCAAGAAAAUAUGUAUAAAAAUAUUUCCCAUUUUCUUCCCCCUACAUCACUUUAGUAUCGUGGCCGAGCGGCAUUGAAAUGACAGUACUGAGAGUGAUCGCAGGAAGCUUCAGUAGAAUUACGGCCACAUUUGGAUUCUGGAUCGCCCCUGGUUUUGUGCAACUUAUCAGACCAUUCAUUGGCUGAGCGCAUCAAUUAACACUCUCAGCCAGUGAAUAACCUGAAAAAAAUGUACAGAAUUGACAUAACUAAUGAGAAAUGCGAAUUUCUCCUUUAGUCACUUUGUACAGACUAGAAGCUAUGUGAAUGCCAGGGUGAUCCAGGCAUAUGUUAAAUCAUUAACAAACAUUUUGAUUCCUUAUCUGGUGGCAACCCCAGGGGAGUCCUGGCUUCAUCCUCUAGCAUGUAAGCUCAUUGAGCAGGGCCCUCAACCCCUCUGUUCCUGUGCGUCCAUUUGUCUGGUUACCAUUACGUGUCUGUUAGUCCGCCCAUUGUACAGCGCUACAGAAUUUGCUGGCACUAUAUAAAUAAUAAAAUAAUAAUAACCACUGACUGUAGUGGUUAUGGUGGUUAAAGGGCUCCUUUAAGUGAAUGUAAUUGGUUGACCACUGAUCAGGAUUCUUUUUUACCAAAACAAACUUUGAACACUGGGCUGGAGAAGGACGCAGCUAAACAUUGAUCAGAAAAGGGCAGAUGUAUGAUUUAAUGUGCUUUAUGCCCCACAGCUGUUUAUAGAAGUGCUGGUAGCAGUAUAGUAAUCUCCAUUUACACCAGCUGAAUAUUCCUGCUGAUUUCAUUGAUAUCCAUGGUGGUUACCCUAUGAUUAGAACUAUACCAAAGUUUUCUCCUAGUAACACUUAUAUACGUUUCCCACACUGGUCCCACUCUUUCACCUCUUUCUAUUGGUUUCUGCUCCUAGCUGUCUGAGGCAGAGCCUCGACGUUCAGAGCUAUGGAAAUCUCUGAAAAAGUAUUGUAGGGUGUGAUAAGAAGAGCUCAAGAACCUUGACUCAGGAGAGGAACACAGGGACAUUUUGGAGACCAUUUAAAUUGACGUUCUUGACAGCUGCUGUUGUAUACAUUAGUUAUAAUUUUUGCAUGAACUAAGACGCAUAUUUGUUCACGUUAAAUGCAAGAAACAACCGAUGCCAUCUCUUGCCUCAUUCUUACAAAUAAAGGAGAACAUAGAUUGACGGGCAUAUCCCAAUUAGUUCCUGGUUGACUAAACUGAUACAAUAAAUGGAUCUGAUCUCUCUGAAAAUCAUUACAAUCAUUUUCUUGUAUGAUAUUUAAAAUAAUGGAAUCUUGUGUCUAAUUAUAAGGGCUCUGAUACAUGGGGAUAGCAUUAUUCUAGAGUAAAGCUGUAGCCAUUUACUAACAUUUUUAGGAGUGAUUUGUGUCAAAUAAAGUUGCAUAUUGGGUUUAGUAAACACUUCGACAUAUCCAGGAAUAAUAUGAUCAGUCUCCAGCCUCAUCUUGUGCUUUAGUGGAGUAUGCAAGUCAAAUUUCACAUGAAAUCAAACAAUGAUUUUUAACAAUGUAUCUUUUUACAAAAUGUUCUCCAUACCCUAUGACCAUCUGCUUUUGAGUUUUUUUGGCAAGUACCGAUUGCCAGAUGGUUCUUGUGUAUUCCAAGCUUUUAUGAGUGAAGACAGUAAUGCAAACAAAGAUGUAUUUUUAUAUUAAACACACGUAUUAAAUGAUAAGUGAUUGUAUAAAUUUAUUACAUCGGUAGGGAGGCACAGGGUGUAAGCAUUACUUGCCCUGCUCACCUGGGUGUGGGUUAGAUAACAAACCCAGCUUUUCUUGUAUCACUCACCUGCAGCAGACCUUAUGCCAAUGAUGGAUGACUUUUGGCACAGCACCCAGUAACACGGCAGUGGUGGUAUACCUUUGGCAGAGCAGCUGUCGUGAGUAAUGUUUUUCCCAAUGCGUCUUGUCUCUGCUAUCCAGAUGACUGGCCAAGCCUAAUGGCAGCAGAUAGUCCAAUGCAGGAUCCAUGCCAAAGAGUAGCUGUCACUGCCUUAUGUUAUUGGGAGUGAAGAGGCUAUUUUUUAAAAUAAUCAUCCUGUGUGUUCAAAGCAUUAUCGGAAGGAUAGGAAUACAAAGAAAAUCAUUACUAACACUCUUCAAGUAGGCAGAGCAUCUUGGCUUCGAAAGACAGUGACUUUUUAAAUGUAGCCAUCGAAUUGUAAGAGUUAGCCGUGUGUGCCUGUCAGUGCAUGUCUGGAGAGCAGGGGAAAACCUCUGCUUCUUCAUACAAACAUUAGUUAUAUAGAGGCAUAUAGGCCUGCAUCUGGCUAUACAGGGGCUUUAUGAUUAACUACAGAUAGUAGAGAGUAAGCGUAACACCAACGUCACAUGUCGGUUUCACUUAAAGAUUGAGUAUGCAAGGAGUCCACCUCCUCGGGUAUACUGCGCAGAGAAUUCUGGGAAUUGUAGUUCAACAGCAGCUGGAGAGUAAAGAUUAAAACAAAGCAGAUCUGCGGGAGAUAAAUAGAUUUAAAAAUACACUGUAAACUUGUAUCACAUCUUGACAAGCGUGUUAGAAGUUGAUCUGUCAUUUUUUGGGGGAGUUUGGCAUAAAAUUGAAUCUUCAGAUUUUGCCUUUGUGCUUUUGCUCUGAUUUCUAUCGUUUUCUUGUUAUUUUUACAUAUCAUCUAAUUUCACAAAACCGAACACGUUGAACCUCUGGUUAUUUGUUUAUUUCCUAGCCUUUUUAGUACGUCUUUGAUUGCCAUGCAGGAAUUGAGUAAAAUCCACAUUUGCAAUGAAGCUUACACAAAAAUAAAUUCUGGGGAAAAAAGAUAAAAUAAAGGCGGAUAGUUUAAUAAAGAUGAGGGGAUUGCAUAGUGCUAAAUGUUUUUUUCCUGGAAACAGUUCAAGGAAAAACAAAGAUAACAAACCUAAUAAAAUGGAAAAAAAUAAAAAAAUCUGCAAAGGAGUUUGAGUGUAUAUGUAAUAAAAGGCUGGCUAGACGUUCGGAUACUUACCUCCCUCACAGAGUGGUUUGUAAUGCUUGUUUGCAAUGCAAUGUUUUAUCUGUCUUAACUUUUAACGGAUACAUUAUUUAAAAGCAAUGAAACUUUGUACAAUUCUUUUCAAAUCCAUCCUUGUUUGACCUAAAUCCAUCUGUCCAUCAUUCCAAUCCUUGCCCCCCAAUUUUAUACAUGAUCAGAUACAUUUAUAAAGUCAGCGUUCUUCAUAAACCUGUGAAUUGUGUCGAGAUACCAGUUUAACUUUUAGGCCAUAUUAGCCAGUUUAGGGAAAACAAAAUCAAAAAUAUCUUGUAUUCAGUAAUUUUUCUUUAUUUAAUUUUUUUAAUCCCUUCGUCUAUAUUAUUAUUAUUUAUAUAGCGCCAGCAAAGUCUAUUUGUUGCAACAAAACCUAACAAGAACAAUAGAGAACAAACAAACACCAGAAUAAAAGCCCAAGAGGCAUCCAUUAAAGCUCCUACAUAAAUGGGUAUUAAAGGAUCACUAUAGUGUCAGAAAAACAAAGUGGUUUUCCUGAUACUAUAGUGCCCUGAGGGUGCCCCCACCCUCAGGGUCCCCCUCCCGUGGCUCUGAAGGGGUUAAAACCUCUUCAGCAGCUUACCUUAAUCCAGAGCCGGGCUCCCUUGGCGCUGGUGACCUCUCCUCCCCCUCCGACGUCAGCUCCCCCGGCCGACGUCACAGGAGCCAAAUGCGCACGCGCGGCAAGUGCCGCGCACGCAUUCAAGCUGUCAAUAGGAAAGCAUUUCUCAAUGCAUUCCUAUGGACGCUCUGCGCGAUGGAGGCAUUAUAUACUUCCAGCGUCGCAGAUGCGCCUCUAGUGGCUGUCCAGAAGACAGUCACUAGAGGCUGGUUUAACCCCAACUGCUAUGUUUGCAUCUGAAGGGUUGAAACCUGAGGGACCUGGCACCCAGACCACUUCAUUGAGCUGAAGUGAUCUGAGUGACUAUAGUGUCCCUUUAAGUAUCUUUCGAACCUAAGAACCAAUUGCAUAGUAAAGAUCUUUGUGUUUUAUUUUCCAGGGUGCUCACAAAUAAAACCAUUUUGCCCAAGGAAGAAAAAAUAUAAAUUUUAUUUAAAUACUUUGAUGUCUGAGCAACAAAUUCACAGAAAUAUUGUGCACACACAAGAUAGAACUUUGAUAAUUUUCCUGAAUGUACUGUAUUCAGUCUCGUAGUUUAGAUACUUCUUUCUUACGUUUUUUUUUUUUUAAUAUUGUCUGCGGUAAUCUACUGCUUCAUUCUUUUGGCAAGCAUGCAACCAUCUUAUCUGUUACAUCACUCCUCCUUCCACCUAGUCGUCCAAGACGUAAAUAAGAACACAUGCAAAUUAAAGUGUUUUUUAAAGACCACGUUUUAUUUAAUUUUAAGAUUUAUCUUGGUGGGAUGUUAAUUUUUGGCCUGGAUCAAAUAUAUUUUGAGCAAAUUCCUUUGAGACCAAUAUAAAGUCCUGGGGUAGUAGCUGUUUGAUUAUUGAAUCUAUGCAUCGUGUUCUAUUGGUUAGAUAGGCUGCUGUGUACUGAACCUCGAUAAGAGAAAAGUAACCCGGGCCUAUAUAGCGGAGAUAAUUGGGAUUCUUUAUCUAAAAAAUAAUCUAAAUUUGCACAAUUAUGUUAAUUAUUCAUACAUUUAGUAUAAGUGGAUUUUAUCUUGGAAUAACCAGCAAAAAAAAGGUUGUGAAUUUUUCAAACAUAAAAAAAAAAAAUUAGAAAAUGUUUAAAUUGUUCUAAAAAUCUAUUGCCUUCUUACACUCUAACCCUUUCAGUGAGAGAAAGCAAGUGUCCUUUCUUGUUAUGUGUAUUUUAACUAAAUGCCUCGAUUUAAUAAACUUUCCAUGUGAUUCAAAAGUUUCCAAAUAAUUUAUCUACAAAAAUAACCAUUGACUUUAAUAGUGAUUUAUGUCGAUAAUAGUAUUGAAUCAUUUGGAGCUUACUAAAUCGAGGCUCCUCUCCGUGGCAGGUCACGGAAUGUACGACAGGAAGAUUUAGAACUGAAGAAUUUCUGAUUGUUACAAUCCGUGCUUGUUGUAUGCUGUGAUGUGCACUGAUUGUCGGCCCUUGGCUUUCGGACAAUAAAAUGUAAUCUUCCAGUGAAACUCUAAUAUUUAUCACUUUACACGUUAUCAAUCUAAAAAUUGAGCUGCCUUAUACCAAUAUUGUUCUUGGGCGUUGACUGUGCCAAUGCAGCAUUGGUAAAUAGACUGUGUGAUAAGCUAACUCUCGGGUGAUCAGUUGUGCUCUGCUAUCUGGGUGCAUUGCAUACUGUUAGAGAGAUUACACUAAAAUGUCAAUAUUUGUAGUAUUAGCGAACAGCAAACUACCUCUCCUCUAUGACUGGCAUCUAAGGAUCUCAUCAGAGCCUAUUAUGUAUUAACAGUGCACCCAGGGGGAGAUAGAAGGCAAUGUUUUAGCCCCUGAAUGAAGAAUGACAUUCUGUAAUGUUUGUGAUUUAAAGGAAUAUGGAUGAAUCACCUGUAUUCCUAAUGCUAUGGUGCCGCUGACGUAGCUGUAUUCAGGACCUCCCCUCUCUACCCCUCCGAUUUCAAGUAAACGUUGAGAAAAAUAAAAUGUUGUUCCCAAGAGGAGCAUUGGGCACCUGGUGUACAUGUGUGAUGAGUUUAGAACAAGUUUGUGUUCAGUGCUUUCCUUUGAUGUUCGUUUGAUGGGUUUAUCAAAACGUAUUGUUCACAACAGAACCCUGUUCUACAAGUGAUAUUAUGGUACACAGAGGUUGGCAGAGCUGCUCCCUGAUUGCAAGAAAAAGUUUACCGAAACAAAAACAAACAAGAAAAAAGUAUAUAGUGGUGAGAAAAAAAUUCUGUUAAACCUUUCAAUAUCUCAAUUAACUGAAUUAGGAAACAAAAAAAUCCUGAUCCAUGGUUUUAGAAUGCACACAUUUUAUCGCAUCACAGGGUUUGAUCCCUGCUAAUUCUUUACCCCUCUGUGUUUUUUUAGAACCUCCCUAUUGGACCCAGCCAGACAAAAUGGCAAAAACACUGACUGCCGUUCCUGCUGCUAGCACGAUACGUUUCCGUUGCCCUGCUGCUGGUAAUCCUACUCCUACCAUUUACUGGCUGAAAAACGGGAAGGAAUUCAAAGGGGAGCAUCGUAUUGGAGGCAUCAAAGUAGGUUAUAUUUUUUUUUUAAGAUUUGUAUGUUUUAUUAUAUUGGUUAUGAAUGGAAGCAUUGUACAUUUUAAUGAAGUGGUUAUGGUGCAUGGACAUCAUGUGCCAUAAUGAGAAAGCUUCAGUCAGUAUUUGUACAGUUUGUAGAGGUGUCUUUUCUAUGACACCCUAUGUCGGUUUGGAGCAGUUUAAAAGGUUAAUGGCAUUUUACCAGCCAAAUUCUAAUACACCCUUGUGUUUUCAGCUCUGCAUUGUCCUACAAUUUGUAGGUCACGUAAUAAAAAAGGUUGAAAAUAGGGUGGGCUUUGGAUUUUGGGAAGUCGUUUAGUUUUUUGUUUUUUUUUCUUCUUUUCUCAAACUAGUUAAAAACUAUUUUGCAACAAAAGACUGCACCCAUAGCUACCCAAUGCCAUAACGUCUAAGGUUGUUAUGGUGCUCGGAGUGUCCAAGUUUAUGUCAUGAUGUGACUACAUAGCAUUGAAUUGCACCAUACUUUCUGUCUUCGGUAUAUUAAUGCCAUAAAUAAUAAUGUCACAAAAUUCAAGUUGAAAUGGUGUGGCACUCUUGGGAAAAAGGUACAGUACUUGGAGUACUGUAUUUGGAAGUAAGGUCACACAACCUCUCCACAGACUCAACAGGCACAUCAUGAUUAACCCCUUAAGGACACAUGACAUGUCAUGAUUCCAUUUUAUUCCAGAAGCUUGGUCCUUAAGGGGCCGUUGGCCCGAAACGUUGUAUUUUGUUGUGUUCAUUGACUAAAUAAAUGACACUACCUGUUAAAGCUGUGGAUUUUGCUUAAUAUGUCAUAAAACAUUUCAAUUUGUAAGAUUUUCAAACUUGAAUAGAAUGGAGUCUGUCUAUAUUUCAAAAGUAAAAGGCAAAGGAUGGGCCAUUGUCUUGUGCUUUAAACCCGCAUUAAUAAUGUAAACUGAUGCCACUAAAUCAAACACAUAAUAAAAAAAUACAUAAUUACUUAUCAGGGUUAUUUACUAAAGGGAGGAUUUAAAGGAAAUUUGAAAUUUAAAGAACCACAAUAGUGCCAGGAAAAUAUACUCGUUUUCCUGGCACUAUAGUGCCCUGAGGGUGCCCCCACCCUCAGAGACCCCCUCCCGUCGGGUUCUCGGGAGAGAAAGGGGUUAAACACAUACCUGUCUACAGCGCCGGCGGGGAGCUUUCCUCCUCCUCCUCUUCUUCUUCCUAGCGACGUCAUCGGCUGAAUGCGCAUGCCAGUCUCAUAGGAAAGCAUUCAUAAUACUUUCCUAUGGACACUGGCGUCUUCUCACUGUGGUUUUCACAGUGAGAAGCACGCAAGCGCCUCUAGCGGCUUUCAAUGAGACAGCCACUAGAGGAUUUAGAGGCUGGAUUAACCCUCAGUGUAAACAUAGUUUCUCUGAAACUGCUAUGUUUAUAAAAAAAAAGGGUUAAAGCUAGCUGGACCUGGCACCCAGACCACUUCAUUAAGCUGAAGUGGUCUGGGUGCCUAUAGUGGUCCUUUAAGGCCAAAGUAGCUGCAAUGGAAGCAUGGCUAACUUAGAGAAUUAUUGCUGGUUUGAUUAUUUUGACCUUAUAUUUGAAAUUCACUUUGAAUUCUCAUUUUAGUUAAUAUCCCUGAUUAUGUUUUUGAAUGUCACCAUGCAGCAUAUAUUUCGGUUUUAGAAGGUUUUUAAUCUUUGAUAAUUAUCUUUUUGUUUUUGCAAUGAGCCCUGUGGAGAGAUUUGCAGUUUGAUUAACCUGUCACUCAAACCGUUCAUAUUUUUCAUAUAGUCCCUUUUUUAAAUCCGCUCACAUGCAUGGAUGUGAAAGUUUUCUGCUCUGGAAUGUUCGGGUCAAAGUCUGGUCACAUGACCCACGUGAUAGCAAAAGUAGUUACAAUGUAUCUGGUGCCAACAGGCUCCGCAUAAUCCUCUUAGCACACACACGCAUAGCUGCCAACUGCAGCACAGAAGGGUGAAACAUUUCAAAAACAGAUUUAAAAUGGCUGUAUCAUACACAUCUUCACGUACAGCAUUAAAGGGACACUUCAUGCAGCAUAACAACUUAAUUGGAGGGAAGUUGUUAUGGUACGAGGCGGUCCCGGGCACCAGCCAACCUGUAGGGAUUAAAUGUUAACCCCGUUAACCCCAAAUAUCCCCAUUGAAAAAGGAAUGUGAAAACAGUAAUUAUCUAAUGAUUCUGCGGGAGGUAUACCUUCACUUCUUUGUGAAACACUGCAAAGACUCCAGGCACUAUAACCACUUCAAAUAUCUGAAGUGGUCAUGGUGCCUGGACUAACCCUUUAAUGGGUGCAGCAUCCCAAAGGAGUUGUAUAUAUCCCAGCUUACUAGAUGUGACAUUAUUAAAGGUCUUUCUUUAAGCCAAGGGUGCAUGGGAAAUAUAGUUUACUAGCAUCUUGCGCGCCAAGCGUAGCCAUCGCUGUGCUAGAACGAUGAUCUGCCUCUGUAAAAUAAGGACAGUGCUGGGUCGGCAGCCAUGGUCUGAUUGUAUGUGUGUGACAGAUGAGCUGUAACCUCCCUGACCAAGAUACAAAGAGAGGCUGCUAAAUAUUUUCCUUUCGCUCUCACUUUCUCCUUGAGAGUUAAGGCCAAAGGAAUUCCUAAACAAAGCCUCUUCUGACAGGAUAUCAGGGCACAGGGAGCAAGGGGUGGGGAGAAGGGAUAAACUGUCUAGCAAUGUCUAAACCUUAUCUGCUCCUUCCAUUCUCUAAUCUGCAGACUGCACUUUAUAGAACACUAAUUGAUUCUCACUGUGCUGUUUGGAAACACCAUUUCUUUCCAAAGGGAUCUUCAAUACACACAUUAAAGCAUUGAUUUAACUGAUGCGUGUGUGUGUGUGUAUGUAUGUAUGUAUGUGUGUGUGUGUGUGUGUGUGUGUGUGUGUGUGUGUGUAUAUAUAUAUAUAUAUAUAUAUAUAUAUAAAAUCUUCUCUAUAUCGUAGAGACUGUUAAACUCUUUCAAACAAACACUGUGUAAAAAAAAAUUAAUGUUUUUUUGUUAUUUUUUUUUAAGUUGGAAUACUGGGCCCAUGCUUACUACAAAAACAAACUAAAAAAAAAACACUUUAAAAAUACAGUUAAACUAUGGGCUAAGAGAAGCUUAGCCUUGACGUCCCUAUGAGCAGUGUUUUCAUCUGUAUGGCAGGAGCAACAUACAGAUGAAAGGGUGGAAGUGAUUUGGGUGAUUAGACUGUCCCUUUAAUUAUACUUUUGUUGUUGUUUUUUUUUUUUUAAAUCUAAAUCGCUAUUGUACUGAGAACAAGAAAGUGAGCACGUUUUCUGCUAGGCAUGUGCAUUCGUUUUCGAACAAACAAGGAUUCGUCUUAAUUUCGGUGGGUCGUCUGAAGUCCGUAACUCUGAAGUGCCACAUGGGUUUAUCACGAGCAAAUGAAAUGGACAGUGAAUAAGCAUGUUUGUUCGUUUGUUUCGUGAUUCAGAAAUCGGGGCGGGGGAGGGGAGAAAUGACUGAUGAGGAAAAAAUAUGAUUGAUAGUUAGGAAACAGCCACUAAAUAUUGAUUUCAUUCACACAUCAAGGAAGAAGAGAUCCUUAAAGGGAAAAAAAGAGGUGCAGUAAAUAAAUCUAUAUAUUGGGGAUGUCAUUUUUAACUGCUAGAACCUAGUGAUAGUUGGGCUGUUUGGAUUUCAAGGUCCCCUUGCUUCCGCCACAAAAAAUGUUAAAUGUAACACAGCCUCUUCUUAGCAGUCUGGUCCACGUCUACCGAAAUAAAUUAACUUGACAAUCAUUUUGUCCAAUCAAAUGCUUCUCUUUGAGAAGCAUUGUGGACCUAAUGUGCACACAGAUAUCUCCACAAUGCUCUUAUCACAUGAUUAUAUCAGUGAAACUUAGUUCUCACUGCUAAAGCACUUUCUAGCGGCUGUCAGGAAGCAAACGUGAUCUGAGUAACCGCAGUGGUCCUUUAAUACAUAUGUGCCAAUGGCCCUCAGGGAAUUCUUGUUUGGUCUCAAACCGCUCAAAACUGCUAAUGGGAAGUGUAGUGGUUGUGGUCCUUUAAGUGACAUUUUAGUGAUAUUAUUUUUUUUGACCCAAAAUAAUUUUUUCCCCAUUGGCUUUUUUAACCAAAACGUUUUUGUUAUUACCGUUUACAGUAACUCACUGUUUAAUUGCUUUUAGGUUUAUCACUUGAAUCUCAUGUUAAAAGGUAACAAGAUGCCUUUUAGAUUUGUAUUUCUGUCCUAUUUCGAGAGGCAAUUUGCCAUGCUUUCCACGCAGUCCCUAACCCCAGUCAGAAUGUUUGGGACACCGUUUAAACAAUCGCAGCUGUAUGCGGGUGAGAGGCUCCAGACACACUUUCCUGACUGAUAAAAUCAUUUUGUUGGAAAGAGAGAGAAAUGAGAGUAUCUGCUAUAUGUAAACAUUGAGUUCAUCAACUUAUUAAAAACACAAACUUACACUAAGCAUGCACAUUUGAUACAUGUAUAUCCAUAGGCGCAGAGUCUGCAGCACCCCUGCUACCGUGCAAUAUACAAACUUUCAGUGCGAACGUCAGUGUUCUAAACAUCCCAGCAUGCUCAGCAAGCCUUAAAGCAACAGUUAAUGUUUGCCAUCAUUACACUGUGCAGUUUAUUCUCACUAAACACUGAAUUUCAGUAAUCUGAAAUGCAAGAUAUGGCUAAAGGCUAAAAUAUCUAAGCUGUGCUAAAGUCGUAGAAUAUUUGUAAACUAGAUUAUUUGCUUUAAAUUCAUUAGUCUAAAAUAACUACAAAAAAAUCUCUAAGCCACUUGUGUUUUCAGUUUGCAUAACAAUUUUAAUUUCAUUUUGAAUUUACUUUUAAUUUCUGACAAUUCAUCCUUUAGUCAAAAAUCCCUCAGGGUUAUUUACAAAAGUGAGAAUUCAAAGCGAAUUUAAAAGUUAAGGCCAAAAUAGCAGAACGUUUGACCUUAAAUUAGAAAUUCACUUUAAAUUUUCACUUUAGCAAAUACCUCUAAGUGACGGUUAUUCCCUAAACUCUGAAUGAUGGUAAACUGAAAACCAAAUGGCUAAGGUUAGGCUAAGUUAUCAAAGUGGUGAUAACAGCAGUAAAAUUUCUCCUAAUCAUUUGUUGAGAUAAAUUAAUUAUAAGUGUGUCAAGUGAAAUACAGGCUAAAAUUAAUAUAUUUAAGGGGGGGUUGGAAAUCUACAAAAACGAGAAUUAAACAAGGGAAUCGUAUGAUAUAUAUCUAAAAGAGUGACUAAUAUGCUUUUUUCUGUGGCUAAGUUCAAAGGGAUAAUUCACACGACUUUUCAACUGAAAUCUUACAGAGCUUAUUUAAUAUUUUAAAUCCUGGCUGGAAUCUAUAUUACGGCAAGUCUGCGUACAUUAAAUGACCUAAAAAUAGAAGGUGGAAAGAAAAACAAGCUGUGACGGAUUAUCCCCUCCAAUCGGCUGCAGAGUGUAACUUGCUAGUGUUUCGUUUGUCUGGGAUCUAAAAUGUAACUGCAGUGUUUGUCUCCAUGGAGAGUUGAACGACCAAGAAUCAUAACCCAGUGGACUUCACAUUAUUUAAUGAAUCAUGGCUCAACAGCAUGCACUCUCAACUGUUAGCGGUUAGAUUAAACCAAAUUUGUCUGUGCAAUGUUAACCGGUUUAUCACAUGAUGACAAAUCCCCCCCCAAAAAAUUGUGACACAUUAACCAUUCACAAAACUCACUUUCCAAACAAAGUGAUUGCAAAACCCGGCACAGAAAGUGAUACAUAUUUAGAAAAUAAUUGUAAGCAUUCUUGGGGAUCUUGUGAUCCACCCAUCACCCAUUCAGCAGGGGUUGGGUUACAGCACACAUCAGUAGGUCUACUUUCCAGAGGUUUCCUAACGUAAGUGCCAGAUUGUUGCUGAACGGUGAUAACUAAGAUUUGAUACCCCUAUGGCACUCAACCGGGCAGCCAAGCAUCAGGGACAUGUAGUCUAUGUCCGGCUGUACUAUCAAAGGCUAACCAUCACUGGUGAAAAUGAAUAGAGCCACCCAGCAUAGCCAACAGCUGGUUACAACUCACUGGAGCCUCGUGCAAUAUUUGCACCGGCAGGCAUGACGAUUUGUGGACUUGUGGUUACAUUAUAAAGUGGAAUUAUUGUGCACAAAUGUGAGUUACAAUAAUAAUAAAAAAAAGUUAUAUAGUUUAUCAAGUGAGUCAUUCUUUCCUGGAAAGAUUUGAAAAAGUUUCAACUAGAUGCAUAUCUCAUGGGGGUCUGACCCAUGAAUCACUUGAUAAAGUAUCUUUUGUGCCGAUGUUAUGUGCUUGUGUGAAAUCUGAUAAUAUUCAAUAAGGUGUGAUUUUAUUUUUCUUUCCUUUAAAUUACCUGUAUGUGUUUUGAGUACAUUUUCUGUUUCUACAAUAUAUGUAGCAUAAUGGCCAAUUUCCAGUAGAAUCACGUGUCCACAAAUAUUAGCUUUAUUUUUAGCGCUUUUGUUUAUCGCAUGGGCAGCUACAUAUUUAAUUUAGGACAUCCGUUGCACCUAUUUUACAAAUUUCCUCUUUGGGGAAUAUGUCCAAUGGCAGCUUCAAGUAUUGUUAUUUAUGCUAAUGAUUCACAUUAAGCUUGAUAGACAACUGUGAUAUACUCUAUAUAUAAAUCAUGAAUUUUAUUUGUUCUUGUAUUUAACAAAAGUCAUAAUUUUGCUGCGUUACACUCUUAAAAUAUGAUUUAUUUCACUUGUGUUAGAUUUGUUAUCUGUUGUUUAUUUCACAUUAUCUAAUCAGAAAGGCAUAGAAGAAAGAAAGAAUAAUAGAGUUUUGUUUGAUUUGUCUCAGCUUCGACAUCAACAGUGGAGCCUAGUGAUGGAAAGCGUGGUACCAUCAGACAAAGGGAACUACACGUGUGUGGUUGAGAACAAGUACGGAAGCAUCCGACAAACCUAUCAGUUGGACGUGCUUGGUAAGUCUUCCCUGGGUUCUUUCCAGAGAUUUGGAGUUGUUUUUGGGAGGCUUUUUUUAUGCUUCAAUGUUGACUUACACUCUGGCAUGUAUGGUAAAUUGUAAUAUGGAAACUGUCAUAUAAAGAUAGAUAUAUAUAAUGUAAGGAGUUGGAAUGAGUGGUACCAUAAAUUGAUGUGUCGGAGAGUUUAUGUACGGACUUUGAAGCUCUGUUUCUUUCUGUUUGGUUGAAGUCAAAAAAGUUUUCUAGUAGAGUCAAACUCUUCUAGGAGGUCAGUCCAUAUAAUCUAUUUCUGAUAGGCUUAUACCAUAUAAUUCAUAUGUAUGAGAGGUUGUGAAAUCUUGCCUUGUUUGCUGCUCUGCCAUCCUUCAGUAGUUGUUUAGAAAAACACCUUCUGUAUAUACAAUACUUGGUUUGUUUGUAAAGCUGUUUAUACUUUUACUGCUGAGGUCCGGUAAGGAAAUCUGGUUCCUUGCUGCCAUGGUUUAGCCCAUUACGACUUGCAGAGCAUAAUGAGGUUGUUGGCAUGUCUAAGGACUUUUUUCUGGACUAGCAUACAAAGUCUACUUAGAUGUUUGUGCCUAAGCUUCAACUACCACAAUGAUUCCCCUGAAAAAGUAGUUUUGAGUUCUCUAAGUCUCACGUAGAACAACAUCUAAGUAAAUCUUUAAUGUGGGUCCAAUGAAAGGAAGAGAAAACAACCAAACAUUUUGGCAAAACUCCCUGAUACAUUUAAUUUAAUUUACUUAGGGACCUGUUUACUAAACAUUGACAUAAACUUGUAUGUAGCAGAGUUGAGAGAAAUAGAGGAUACAAUAGGAUUAUUUUCUAAAUUACCCGCAUUUCAAAAUUUUUAAUGAUUGGGUCGGCAGUCGCUGCACAUGAUUUUAUAGCUCCAAAAAUAAUUGAAAUGGGUCAAAGCUGUCUUAAAAAUGUGUUCUUCAUUUUAUUUAAAUCCUAUUAAAAAAAUAAAAAAAUUGAAACCAAAACAAAAAAACAUCAACCAACAAAAAAUAACAACUUUAUAGACACAAGUUAAAAAAAAUAAAUUACACUAAACAUUUAGGGAAAUUCCUGUGUUAACUAUUUCGUAAAAAAGCUUCAUAACAUUUUGCUUUGAAGAAUUUGGAUGAGUGCAGAUUGUUCCAGUAUUUGCCUUCUUUACUAUGAGUUUACGUGUUAUUUUGAAUUUUGCAGAGCGGUCCUCUCACAGGCCCAUACUCCAGGCGGGAUUACCUGCCAAUCAGACUGUGGUAGUUGGAAGUGAUGUGGAGUUUCACUGUAAAGUCUACAGUGAUGCACAGCCCCAUAUUCAGUGGCUGAAACAUGUAGAAGUAAAUGGUAGCAAGUUUGGUCCUGACGGUGACCCUUAUGUCUCCAUCCUACAAGUAAGUUCUAGAACUCAUGAUUUCUUAUAGUUUGUUAAUUUUACAUUUUAAGGAGGAAUCGGAAAGGAUUAUCAUCAAUGUUUUCCCUUUUUUUUUCUCACUGAAUGCUUCAUUGCCAAACUGUAACUGGGGUCUGAGAGAUGUUGAGAGCGAGUUACCAAAUCCAUCAUCCCUUCUUUAAGAUGUUGGGCAGAACAUGGCAAACUAACAUGUCCAUAAAAAUAUAGUGUAACUGGUACACCUACAGUUGUAACAUUAUUUUAUUGGGCAAAAAUGACACAAGAUUUUCUCUGUAAGCAUUAUGGUCCUUGAGGAAACCCACUUCCAUGUGCCUAUGGACCACUCGGGUUACAACUCAAUUUAUAGGAUGGAAAAUGUAGACAAGUUGGAACAAAGUAACAUUGACACCCCAAAAAAAAGAGUUGUCUGCAUAUCACUUUGCAUUCUGGGAAUUUGAAUUCUUCAUCACAUGAGUGACCACUGAUCUAUAAUCUGAUCACUUUAACUAAGAAGGGGGGCUAUUUUAAAUUGAUGUUUUUACAUGUCAGUUUGGUCUUAUACAGAUUUCUGGGGUAGUAAUCAUUAUGAACAAUUGUCCAGUCUAAUACGGUCUGUAAAAGAGAACACAAUAAUCAUUUAUCUUCAUGGAAUCAAGUACAUUUUUGGUUGAAAGCAGGUGUUGUACUGCAAUUGAUAUAUAAUUAAGCUAAUGUCUUACUGAUUCAUUGUGUUCAGAUAUGAGGAUAGAGCCAAAACCAGAGAGAUAAAUGUAUUCUUUUUUUACCUGUAGUUGUCAUCUUCCUUCGACGUGCCUGAACAUUCUGUUCCCCAAAUAAGUUAUUUACAUAUUAAAUACGGACUUUGCAAAAUAAAAUGGGGAUUAUUUAAUUGAGGAAGUCAGGCGCAAAUCAGAUAAAGCCACAAGGAUGAUUCCAAACUGUUCUACAAUUUAGGAUGGCAAAGCAUUAUGGCCACUACUGCCUUACUAAAUAUGACACUAUAUUGUAUAACCCUUGCUGUGCCUUUAAGGGCUGAGCUUUGCAAACGGCGGUCUUGUUAGUGCAGCAAGGCUUGGGAACAUAGAAAACAUCUGUAAUUGAGAAGUUUAAGGGUCGACCCAGCGAUGACAAAUCACCCGUCACAAACUGUUUAUGAGCAGGAAAUGUCUGCUGAUGUUGACCAUAUAACCGUAGCUAUAUUUUCGCAAUAAACACCUUCCAGGUUGGUUUCUUUGUAGCUUUUUCGAGACUGCGUCCAUUAAAUCCUGAAUCGGAAUGCAGUUUCACAUAACAAUCUUUGAGUUCUAACAUGAAUUUAUGGAAGUCUCCUUCCAUAGGAGCUUGCAAAACUUACAUUUAUUUCAUGUUUCAAAGCAUAGUUUUCUAAUAGAUUGCGACAGAAAUAUAAACAUUCUGGCAGACUUUUGUGGAUUCUGUUUCCUACACAGCCAUCUUGCUUGCUUGGUAAAAAAAAACAAAAACCAGUUUUGUGCUGUGGAAAAACUUACUGUUAAUAUAUGAUGGGUUAAGCUUAGCACAGUUACAUAGCAGAAUUGCUUAUAAUUUGUCUCCAAAUCCUAUUUUUGAAUUGUGAUAAUUGAAACCGCAUUUGCAGAGCUUGGUAGAGAGCUACAGUCUGCUGCUAAACUUUCCUAAGGCGUGUCACAGAAAGUGGUUAAAAAGACCAAAUUAAAUUGAAAUUGAAAUGUAUAACUUUAAAAAAAAAAAAAAAUUAUUAUUACAUUUUUUAUUUUAAUAUUAAUAUUUUAAAAUAAACAUACAAAAUAUGUAGGUGGGCCACGGGGCAAAGGGACACUAUAGUGUUAGGAAAAUCGCUUUAUUUAUAGUUUAUGGGAAUUUUUGUAGAUAAAUAUAUAUACAUUUUCCUCACAGUAUUGAAUCAUUUGGAAAGCCUAUUAAAUCAAGAACGGAACUUAUUUUAACUGAUCUCCAAUUUGGUCAUUGUGAAUCUUGUUUAUUUAGAAUCUUCUGAAAUUCUCACGUUAGUGCAUGCUUAUGUCCGUGUUAAUGAUGUGGCAGGAUCAUGGUCAAUGUUUCUCACACCUUGUGUAAAAAUACUUUAUAAAUAAAGAAUUUAAUAAAAGCAAUAUAUUGUCGAACAUACAUGUCAGUAACAAUGACAUACCUGGAUUUUGAAAGGAAAUCUAUUUUUUGUUAAAUUACUGUAAAUGUAAAAAAUUAGAAAUACUCAUCCCUAUCUUUAGUAUAUGACCGGAUCCUUCAGCCAUAUACAUACACCUUGGGUCAAACAGUGUUUGGAAACCUCUAUACAGUCUCUAUGGUCUUCCCGGCUUCACACCAUAUACAGUGCCGUGAUAAUAUCACGCCAACUCACUGUAAAUUCAAACACUGUUGGAACCAAGACAUAUGCAUAUGGCCAAAGGAUACUGUCAUACUAGGGAGUACGUUUUUAUAAUUUUUUCUUUUUUUUUCUUCUUGUAUUUCAUAAAAAAAAAAAAAAUCCUUCAAAUACUUGACAAAAGUGUUAUAUUAAUAUAUUAAAAAUAGUUUUGAGGUGACAGUUGUCCUUUGAAUCUCUUACAUCCUCUGAGUCCCCAUCAAUGAAUACAAGUUCUAUGCAUCUAGUUACAUGAUAGCGCCACCUUUGGGCACCUGCAGUUCAAGCAUCAAUUUGACUUAAAUGGUGGUGUUGGGUGGUAUGACUUUCACAAAUUAUAAUGAUCGUUAUCUCACAGGAUCUUUUUUUUUUUUUUUUCCUAUGCAAUCUGUUGGUUCUGUUUAGCUUGUUGCUAUUUAAAGAUUGCUGCAACUUGCGUUUGAUAGAUUAAAAAAAACAAAUGGCAGAAAUUUAGGUAAAAAGUUACAAGGUGAACAAAAAUUCAAAUUUCAGCUAUUUUCCCAACUAUUUCAACUUACAUGUUGCCAUUUAGAUUACAGAUCAUUUGCGUUUGAUGUAUUCUAAAUUUAGAUUUAAAAUGAUAAAAAUUUUUAUUUUUUUGCAUUGAAGUUGAAGUGUUUGUUUGUUCCUGCAGUCCAAGACCAGCAACACCACAGAAGCAGAUAGUAGACUAAAAUUAAAUAAUGUGACAGAAAACGACCAAGGAGAAUAUCUGUGUAGAGCCAAGAAUUCCAUAGGGUUAGCCGAAGCUUCUUAUUGGCUCUACAUAUACAAACCAUCGGCAGGUAAACCUUAGACUCUGUCCCGAGGUUUCAAAUCAUUAACAUUUUCAAAGCGGAGUUGAAGAAAAAAAAAUUACGCUCUGGAAUCUUUCGGGAUCCGACUGUCGCUGGUUUCAUUUUUUUGCUGCUUUUGUUCAUUACCCCCUACUAUUUUCAAAACUCCCAAAUCUGUUUUGAGAAGUGUGCAGUGGAAAAUUACCCACAACAGAUCAGACGUUUGUUCUCCAGAGACCUGACAGCUAUUGGUGCCGAAUUUGUAGAACCGGCAAAGAAAAUAAAGCAAAAUCCAUUUACUAAAUCACGUUCCAUUUUGACAGUCAGGUGGCAAAGGGAAUUAAACUUAAAACUGGUGUGGCCAACAUGUAGACCUCUCUUAUUUGGGUUUCUAUCUUGUAAUUUGCCGCCGGUAAGCAGUGUGUAAUGUAUGUAUAGUUCAAAUUAUUUAAUUAUAACAACCAUUAACUUAAUAUUUAUUAACAAAAUUCAACUUUGAUCCGAAAUAUUUAGUUAAACCUGCAUUUCACCUCAAAUAAAAUGAAGCCAGUCCAUUGACGUAUCCAAUGCCAGCAGAAAGUGCCCUGUCAGUACUGGAGGGGUUUAAUAACCCUGGCCGUAUGUUGUGUUGUGGGUCCAUUUUUCCAUCACAUUUACUUGCAUGUCUUGUCAGUGGGACAGAGUAUACCUUGCCUGGUGAAGGGUUUCUGGUGUCUAUUUAUUUCAUUUUCUUACAGGUGGUAAAAAUUUGGUGUUUGCAAAUCUCAUCUGCUUCAGUUCGUUCUUGAAUUUUCGGCGCACUUGCAUUGUGCUGGGAUCUUGGCUUCCUUUUAUCAUAUUUUUCUCCUGGUGUUUUCUUCUUUUGGUGUGUGUCCUGUUCUGUCCUUUCAUUUUUAUUUUAAUCUCUUUCCUUUCUCUAGCCUACUGGUGUCUACUCUUCGGAUAAGGAUAUUGAAAUUCUGAUUUUGCGCAAUGUAUCUUUUGAGGAUGCUGGGGAAUAUACUUGCCUUGCAGGAAAUUCUAUUGGCUAUUCCUAUCACACUGCUUGGCUGACAGUGCUACCAGGUACUUCUGUCGCUGUCCAGGUCUUCUGAUUUUUUUUUUAUUAACAAAUUUAUUUUUUUGGUGACUCAUUCCAUGUGCCUGUGAAAUGCCAAACUGAAGUCUUGCAUCCUGCAGGGUGAACGGAACAAGCUGUGCGUAGAUAGCGGUCAAACUUGCCUUUGGUCUGUUCCGUUUGAUGCUGCUCAAAAAGAAAAAAGUAAAUCUUAGCAGUUCUGUUACUUAGUGACAUCAGUCAGUGCUGCCUGUUUAAUGUAGCUGACAUCUGAAGCUAAGCAGAGUUUGUGGACCACCUUGUUUCUCUCAAGAGGUUUUAAUUUUCAUUGGCUUUACCCAAGAAACACAUUGUUAAACAUCAGAGACACUUAUGCCCACUCUUGUAGUAACCCUUUAAGUUCCCAGAAGACUCAGAUCAUUGCUUAGCCACAACAUUUUCCAUGUACAACAAGGUCUGUCCAAUUGAGGGCCUCUGAAGAAUGUUGGCAGCUAUAUGCAGUUGGGCAGUUUUGGAUUAUACCCCUUUAACUGCCACUAGAGGAAUAUAGAAAAGGAAAGUGAUACAACCUAUCAUUCAGUUUGGCAUUUCUGAACAUGCAAACUCCUCUAUAAUCAAUUUUUACUCCUGUAUAUGCUUACCUAUCAAAUGAAGGUUUAAUUCCUUGAUUAAUAUCUAUAAAAAGGGAAAUUAUCAUAAGAAUUAUGCAUUUAAAAUACAUUUAUCUUUUUGUAUUCCAUUUCCCUAUUUAUGUCCUUUGUGCUUUGCGGACAUAUAUUCUAGGUUCCAACUGCUGCCAUGGCUAUGCAUCACUCAGAAGUUAUGUAUAAGAGCAAUUCUGGGGAAAAGUUCUAAGUGGCGCAGUCAGCCAUUUGUUUCCAUGGUGAUUGCUCCAAUUUACAACUUUUCUCCAAGAUACCAUAAGCAACAUGGUGCUCGUGUCAUCUUUUUAGGGGACAGAGGCCUAUUGGCAUUAAUGGUUUAUGUCUGCCGUGCCAAACACUCUCAAAAAUAAAUAUAUACACAGUGCAUGGAAACUUUACAUUUAUAUUCCCAUAAACUCACAAGUUUUCAAGUGAUAAUUUCCCUUUCUAAUGCAAAAUGAUUUUCUAUAAAUCACAUUACCCUAAAUAUCAACGGUGUGAUGUUUUAUUUACAUUGAAAGUGUCCUAUUUAAAUGUACAGAAUGUCUCGAUGUAUCAACCUUUAUUGUAUUAAAAAGAAUUAAACGUGAUUAUCCCACAUUACAGGAACGCACACAAUAGUCAGAACAUAAACCCUUUAUCCCUUUUAAAUCGGCUUCACUCUUUCUGUAAUCUGAGUGGAAUUCUUCUGCUGCAAAUCACCAAUUAUGCAUUUCAAUGUAAUUAAAGUCACCAAGCAAUCAUGUCUUUGUAAAAAAAGACUUAUUGCCUUUCAAAAUUCUUUUAUAUAAUUUACGAAAAUUUUAUCACAGUCGAAUAUGUAUAUAUAUAAAUAAAACCAGGAGGGCUGCACUCACCUGGAUAUGCAUGCAUGAGAAGUGUGCUGCUGGGGCCAAUUCAUACAAUCUAAGAUCCAGCACACUCGCUCAUUCACUAAACAGUGAAUUUAUGUAUAUAGAUAUAUAUAUAUCUGUAUGUUAUUAGUCUGUGAAUUAUCAUCUAUCUUUAAAAAGAGGUAAAACAAUACAAAAUGGAUUGCAUCACAAAACAAUAACGUAACUACACAUUAUACGGAGCACAUCACUGAACACUUCUUGGUUUCUUAAAUCUUCCACAUCCUGAAUUAUUUUGUAUUUCCAGGGGAGCUUAUAGAGAAAGUGAACACAGCACCCACCAGUUCAAUCACCAUUCUCAUCGUUGUCACAGCUGCUGUUAUUUUAAUUUUGUCGAUCAUCAUCAUCGUCACCUAUCGAAUGAAGGUCCCUUCCAAGAAGGCAAUGAACACGCCAACGGUGCAAAAGGUCUCAAAGUUUCCACUAAAGAGACAGGUAACAGAAAGUAGAUACAAGAUUACGAAAAUCCAUUUUAAUCUCUCUCAAGUCAUUUAAGUUUUUUUUUUUGUCCUUUGAGAUGAUGUGCGGGUUAGUUUUGCAGAGGGUUUUUUUUUUCUUUUGAUAGGCUUGUGAAGUUGGUGAAAUGCUAUUGUAGAGUUUGAUGAACAUGUCUUAAUUUUCUGACCCUGAUCAUUCUUAUCUGCUAAAUGUAGCAUUUCAGCUUUGAAGAAGAAAAAUAUUUUUGUGAAUGGUAUUGUCUAAGAAGGGGUUUCCCAAGUGAUAAGAUCAAUAGUUUGCAAACAUUUCCUCCUCAAGAGCCACCUUAAGUGGUUGGCUCUAAACGAUUCAUUGACUGUCUAUACUAACCAAAUAGUAAGAUAAACUUAAAAUCUAGAUCAAGAUAUUUUUAUUUGGAAGAGCAAGUAACAAUAUUUCUCUUGUUCCUCUACAUUCGUCAUCCAUAUUCUUCACAAUCCAAAGGGCUACCUUGAAAGAUUUUAAAGGACCACUGUUGGUGUGAGGGCUUUAGUUUAGGAACACCAGAGAAUGGGCACCACUCACUAUAUUACGGUACUAUUUGAAUCUUCAUGGCAUAAUUCAGAACUAGCUCAUGAUUGGUCAUUGUUCAGUUCACUUGUGGAUGUUCUGAUGAAUGGCAGCUCCUGUAGUCCUCAUUAAAUGCGGUAGUCAGUGGAUGUGGUUUGACAGUAAUGAGAAUGGGUGUGGAACAUGUAAGCAAAUUUAAAAUGUAACUUUUAAUAAUAUAGCACUUAAUAAGUGACUUGCUUUGAGAACAUUGUGUAAUUCAGUGUUUUUGAAUUUCAACAGCACAUAUUAUUUGGCAAAUUGAGCAUGUGAACUGAACUGGCCAUCAUUUAUUUUUUAAUCAGUUUUGCCCACUUUGGUUGCCAAUUUGUAUUUGAAAAGACCAGCAAUCAGCAAUAAUGCGUAUUUUAUUUGCUUUAUUUAAGCAGGUGUCUCUGGAAUCCAACUCUUCCAUGAAUUCCAACACCCCAUUGGUGAGAAUUACCCAUCUGUCCUCCAGUGAUGGAGCCAUGUUGGCCAACGUGUCAGAACUAGGUCUUCCUCCAGAUCCCAAGUGGGAGCUCCCAAGAUCCCGGUGAGUGGGCUUUCUACACAUUUUAAUAUAGAGUGGUAUUAUUGUAUUUUAUUGAUUCUAAUGGUCAUUUUGUUUUUUUUGCAGCCUUACUUUAGGAAAACCUCUAGGAGAGGGAUGUUUUGGCCAAGUAGUGAUGGCUGAAGCUAUCGGCAUUGAUAAGGAUAAGCCAAACAAAGCUGUUACCGUAGCUGUAAAAAUGUUGAAAGGUAUGAAUGCUUCUAUAUAGGUUUAUAGGAUUCUACAAUGCUUGUUGAUUUUAUUAUUGCUACAAUGGGACUGUAUCAUAACAGAAAAAAACAACUCAUCCUUAGCUACUCCAUUCCAUGUUUUCAUACGGUCAGGUCUAGACUAUACUUCCAGUUCACACCAAAUAAUUGAAAUAGUGUGAUCCAAAGACACUCCCUUGUAUGCCCAAUAUGCUGCACAAUGUGUAUGGCCUGUUUGUGGCCACUUCACGUACAGACAGACCUAAAAUUUACAGUGAUUGCCGAAGCUAUGUUACAUAGUUACAUAGCUGAAAAGAGACUUGCGUCCAUCAAGUUCAGCCUUCCUCACAUUUGUUUUUUGCUGUUGACUAUAGUGUCCCUUUAAAUAUACAUUUUUUUUUUUAAAAAGGCAAAAAAACCCAGUUUGAAGCACUUCCAAUUUUGCAACAAACUAGGAAAAAAAAUCCUUCUUGACCCCAGAAUGGCAGUGUACUGUAGAAGUUGGCCAUGGAAAUCUAGAUCUAUACAGCAGCAUGUUCUUGUCUUGAUGUGGUCACUGAUUGUGCGAAAAAAAGUGUGGCCUAGACCUGUACAAUACAUUUUUUUUUUUAAAAAACAUGUUCAGCAGGGGAAACAUCUCCAUAAAUAUAAACAUUUACAUGAGAGCACACUCCAUGAUUAACGUGGUCAACAGAUCUUUGUAAAGAAAAAAUGUAAUACUAAGCUUUUAAUGUGAAUAAGAGUCUAUACACAUCACAUGUGUAAAUGAAAGCCAGUGAGCAACUUCACAAGGAAAAGCUUAACGUGUUUCUGUAGACUUGGAACUAUUCGCCUGCUAGUACGCAUCAGCACAACUCUCUCGUGACUCACUACAGCUUCAAUUUAAUACUGUUGGAUAAGUUUUUCAAAUAAUCUAAUAUUUUAGGGUAAACUUUUAAAAUUAUUUAAUAUUGUGAAAUAAAUUUAAUUGUAGUGUUUUAUGUAUUGAGAUAUAUAUAUAUAUAUAUAUAUAUUUUUUUAUUUUUAUUUUUUUUUAAUUUUUUAAUUUUUUUAUUUACAAGAUUAUCCAAAAAUAUUAAAUAAUUUGGAAACGCUAAUCCAACAAUUUUAAACCAAGGUAACUAGGUAACACGGCAGAGUACUGGUGUGAUAUCCCAUCGCCUCCCUUCAGCACUCCUCUGGUCUCACCACCUAAACCUUGUGAAAAUCUUUUUCUUUCUUUUAUCUGCAGAUGAUGCAACCGACAAGGACCUCUCCGACCUAGUCUCUGAAAUGGAAAUGAUGAAAAUGAUUGGAAAACACAAAAAUAUCAUCAAUUUACUUGGAGCCUGUACGCAGGACGGUAUGUCCGCCAGUAUAUUCUUUAUUUUGGAACACUGCACAAAAUAUUGAAUUAAACAAUAUAUACAUGUGUUUAUUAUAUCUCUGUUUAUGUUAUAUAUUAAUUGCAUCAUUAAUACGGACAGGCUGUAACUGUGCCGUGUAGGUAAUAUCCAACGAAGAAGGGAUUAAAUAGGCAUAUGGUAUUCAAUACAAGACAAUUCUUAAUCUCUUUAACAGAAUAAAUGUGUUAGAAACUUCACUGCCAGCUGGUUCUGUACCAGCCUCAGUCAACCUGUCAACCUCCAGCUGUUUUUUGGUCUUAGCAUUUCUGGGGCUGGCAACGGUUGGCGGAGAUUUAGAAAAUGUCCUAAGAAUAAGGCAUGCAUUCUGUUAAGAAUGUUUAGUGUUUCACCAUUAUUUUCAAGUAUGUAGUCUUCUGAUCUAUGUUAUAGUAAUAUCUUUUCUUUUUUUUUUUUUUAAACAUCUUAAGCACUUUUCCGUGGUAUCUUUGCUAAUACAGAACUGUAUGAAUUCAUUGUCAUAUAGCUGGUACAUGCCCAACCAAACAAAAACUGCAUUUUUGUGUGUGUGCCACCAUCGCCUCAUUUAUAAUUUACCAUGAUAAUGAUGGAAGUGCCUAUUUCUAUUCUCGCCUUCUGCCUAAAAGACAUAAAAACAAAGUUGUCGCAAAAAGAAAAAGGUUACCGAAAAAAUAACAAGUCCUUUAUAUUAAUGCAUAUUCCUGUAUAUGUUUAAUGUAUGUUUGUACAUUCACAAAUAUUUUGUGAAUGUACAACUUGAGAAAUCGUAUUUAUUAAAUGUACCUUUAAACGAAUAGUUGUAAAAAAUUAACUUGUCUGAUCUAAAGCUGUCUCGCAUCAAGGUUCAGAGUACAGGAAAAGUAUGGCAGAAAGCAAUGGUGUUUCUCCGCCAAGGAGUAAAUAAUGUUCAAGCUGGGAAAGGAUACAGUUUUGCAAUAAAUGUGCCUUCGUCUCCCCUCCUAGGAAACAGAAAAUACAGGGAAAUCCAAUAAAUAGGGUGCUUUCCGAGAAGCUGCGCCAAGCAGUCAUUUUGACCUGACGCCAGAUAGGAGACUUGCAUCCAGAAUUUAUUAGCCGCUGGAAAGGAGCAGUCUCUCUUAGGGAAAGAAAAGAAAAAAAAAGGAGAAAGUAACUGCUCAUGUCAAAUAUACAGAGUGAUGAAACAUUGAACAUUCUACACAUUAUUUCUUAAUCAGCUGAACUUUUAUAUCAGCAUAUUUAUAUAUUUUAUAACAAUAUAUGUAUCUUUCUUAUAAUUUACUGUUGAGUUAACGCUGUUCCUUAUAUGCAAGGACUUAUUUUGCUAUAUUAAAUAAAUAUAGCCUUCAGCAAAUGAUUGAUUGACAAGGACGAGCAUGUUAUCCUUUGGCAUAUUAACACUUUAAUUUCAAAGAGUUGAAGAAACAAGUCUUCCAUUGAAGUAACCAAAUAGUUAUGAUUAUAAUUAUAUAUUAAAUAUCAAACUAUUGAACAUGAUUAGUGAUGUCCCGAACGGUUCGCCACGAACGGUUCGCCAUGGACUCAUCAUUGAGUAAACUUUGACCCUGUACCUCACAGUCAGCAGACACAUUCCAGCCAAUCAGCAGCAGACCCUCCCUCCCAGACCCUCCCACCUCCUGGACAGCAUCCAUUUUGAAGCUGCAUUCUUAGUGAGCUGUCCAGGAGGUGGGAGGUUCUGGGAGGGAGGGUCUGCUGCUGAUUGGCUGGAAUGUGUCUGCUGACUGUGAGGUACAGGGUCACAGUUUACUCAAUGAUGAGUCCGCGGCAAACCGUUCGGGACAUCACUAUACAUGAUAUAUAGUUAUAUAGUGAUUAUACAAUAAAUAAAAAAAUUAAAUGAUCAUCAAAAAAUCAUGAAUUUAGCCCACACUAUUAUGGAAAUUACGUAACAUAAAGAGAUCAUCCAUAAGUUUACAAUUAUUGUAGGGUAUCAAGGAUCCUUUCCAUAUUUUAGGACUUGGCAAAGCUGUCCCUUCACCCUGCAGAUUAAAAUUGGACUAAGUAAUGUUAGGAUCAAACCCAAAGGAUCCCAAAGCAUGCUUCCUAAAUGUUGUGCUAGAUGUUAUAUACAAUUUCCAAUGGCCUAAAUGGCAUUACAUUUCUAACAGAAACAGGGAACGAUUGGACUAUUAUAUUUUAGUGUACCUUCGAUCAUAUGUUAAAACCUAGACUGCUGUCUCUGCUAAUUAAUUGUGGUGCAGGAUUUCCAUGUCUACGUUCAUGAACUUGGCAGUCAGUUACCAGAUAACCUAAUCCUAAACAUCUUGGGUCAACAGCUCUUUCUCAAUGUACAAUGCCCUUCACUCAAAGGGUGCACUUGAUAUUCUGACCCGUAAUUGUUCUUUUAGAAAUAGAAUGGAUGUUUGAAUUUAUACCACUGUAAGAGAACCAUGCUGGUUUUAAACCGGCUGCACAGAAGUGAAAUAAAAGUUUGAGCAAUAUUUAUUAUUAUAUUUUUUCGUGAUAUGGCAGCAUCUGAUACAUCCAUACUUUUCAUGUGAAUCUUCUAUAAUCUGAAAGAGGAAUGACAUCUAGUAGGUCUUGAUGGCUAAUCUUCACACCUAGACCUAGGGACCCCAAGUAGUCUACAAACAGUUUUUACUAUACCUGGAGUGGCAAGGUUUGUCACCCUUGUUCUGGAUAUAUGACCUAAACAUAAAAAAACAACAAAACGUGCAAGGUGCAUAAUUUAACAAAUACAUAAAAACAAUACUAAAAGAAGAUGGGGGGGGAAAGAUGAUUGUGACAGUACAGUGCUUUGCAUUCUUGCAUAUGAACUAGAACAGAUGUAUGUUAGCAUAUUUAUUUAGGAAAACCUAAGAAUUAUUAUUACAUUUUUUCUACCCUAUUUGUGCAGGACCUCUGUAUGUAUUGGUUGAAUAUGCUUCUAAAGGAAACCUUCGGGAAUAUCUACGAGCUCGACGCCCACCUGGCAUGGAUUAUUCUUUCGAUACAUGUAAAAUCCCAGCAGAGCAGCUGACUUUCAAGGAUCUGGUGUCCUGUGCUUACCAGGUGGCCCGUGGCAUGGAGUAUCUGGCGUCUCAAAAGGUGAGAACCUAAAAUGUAGUGAAGUAUAGCGAAGAUUGGAGUAUCUCUUUGGUGUCCUUCUUUGAGGACAUCUCUAGGAAUAAGGUUCUGCUUUGCUAGAAGAAAGAAAUAUCCCACUGUUUGCAUGCUAUAUAGUUUAUGGGAAGGAGGGAAGGACUUUUACUCUGCUUCAGAGAGUUAAUUUAAAACAUAAAGCAGUGACCCAGGCAAUAAAGCUACACUGCUAUUAUGAUGGUAACAUAGAAAAACAAGGAAGACAAACCAAAACAAAAUAUUAUGACAGCUGGUACAUGAUGCAUGUGGUAAUAGUGGUUCUGUGCACCAAAGAGUACCGUGCGUUUUUUAUAUAUAUUUUAUGUAAAAGAUCACUAGUUUUCCUGGCAUUAUGCAAUCCUAAGGGUCCCCCCACCCUCAGGGUCCUCCUCCCGCUGGGUUGAAGGGUUUCAAACGGGGUUAAAACCGCUUUAACCACUUACCUUAAUCCAGCACCGGGCUCCCUCAGGGCUGGUGACCUCUCCUCCCCCGCCGACGUCAGCUCCCGAGUGGAGUGGAAUGUGCAUGCGCGGCAAGAGCUGGGCGCGCAUUCAAACAGUCCAUAGGAAAGCAUUUCUCUGUGCUUUCCUAUGGACGUUCUGCACACUGGAUGCAAAUUUCGUAUCCAGCAUCGCAGAAGCACCUCUAGCGGCUGUCAGGAAGACAGCCACUAGAGGUUGGAUUAACCCUAGUGUAAACAUAGCAGUUUCUCUCAUUGAGCUGAAGUGGUCUGGGUGACUAUAGUGUCCCUUUAAAUAUACAUUUUUUAAACUUUCAGUACUUUAUAAGUACCACACAUAAUAAUGUAACUGGUCGUUAGUUGACAGCUGAAGUUUUAGAACCUCUCCCACCUGUACCAUUUGAGGAUAUAACCUUUUAAUAGUAGAUGUACCGUAUAUACAACUAUAACCUAAAAGGGAAAUGCACUUCCCAGGCUUAUACUUAAUAUGUUUGAUAAAUGAUACACAAAUGUUUUAAGAUGUAACUGAGCGAAUUCGCAAAUUAUCGAGUCUAUGAUUAUUCUAGAGCAAUGAUUUGCAACCUGUUCCCAUAUCGUUCUUCUGAUGGAGUUAAGGAAUGCUUAAAGGCAAACGCCAGACCCCCUAAAGCAUUUUAGCUUGCUGCAGUGCUUCAUGUGUGAAGACUGUGUCCUCUUUUUUUUUUAAAGUGCAGAUUUAGUAGAAAUCAACACUUUUAGAAAUUGACAGCCAGAUGGGAUGGAACAAGGUUAAUCAGAUAACAGGUACUGUUACUUCCUGGUAGUUUAGCUCAGAGAAGCGAAAUUCAAGAGGCAGGCAACUGACCAUAUCACCUGCCUUGCAAGGACUUCUCAUUGAGCUGCAUGGGGAAGUCUGUGAUUGGACAGCCACAGAAAGUCUGGGCGGGGUUAGAAUGGGAGGGCUUGCAUAGGCUGCAGACGAGAGAUCUGCGGCUUUGGCACGCUGUUUUUACGUAUAACCACAAUUAAAAUACUGUAUAAUCAUUAAGGGUAUAUUCACUAGUUAGUGAACUUUUUUUUUUUUGGACAGUGGAGUUUCCCUUUUAAGAACCUGUUCAAUUUCAGAUACUCUUUCUGAUAGGUAUGAAUCAGCUUAUUUUAGGGAUGUUUAUUUUCUAAAAAAGAUUAAUAUGAGAGGUACUUAGCAUACCUCUGUACUACUUUUUUAAAAGAAUUUGAUUGACGGUCUUCUAGAGGCACUUAUAUAGGCUUUUCUGGAUUUGCCAAAUGCAAUAAUAUAAUGGGACAGGCAGGUUUUAUCUGUCAUCAAAUUCUUUGGUAUCCAUGCUUUAAUGUAUGCUAUAUUAUAUGGUGCUGGCCAAAAACAUUACACAAUGUUCAGAGUUCUGAAUGUAUAGAAUUUCAAUUGAAAUGACUGUGUUAAUAUGUCUAAAGCGUUCUCCCAAAAAGAACGCAUUACAUUGAACAAAGACACAUGUUACUGGCGUGUUCCCCAUAAUAAAUGUGGAUGCUUUUGUUUUUAGACUUUGUGUGGUUUAAUAUUGCAUAAUUUUGACGGUCAUAUUGCUGUUUCAUAGACAGUACAAUGAGUGCACCCCCCCACCCCAAAAAAAAAAAAAAAUUUUUUUUUUUUUAAUGUUGUGGGCAUUUUUUUCUGCUCAGUUAAUCUAGCAAACAUUUUGCAAGUCAUUCCUCAAGUCAAUUAAACUCACUUUUUAGUCACUGGAUUAUUAUAUAUAUAUAUCUGUUAUCAUAGCUCCCCUGGAUGGUGGAUUUCAGUCAUUAUAUUAACAUUCAGCCUCGUAGAGUUAGAUGCAAACUACUGAUUAUCUCAUUCCAAAUUAGGGCAUUCCCAAACCUCAUAUUCUCCCCUGGAGUAGCAGCCUGGAACAAUGUAUUUAAAUUAUUGGGGAUAAUGUAGCAAUAUGUAGCAAAGUUUCAUCAAAGUACCUUCAGGGCAUUAAUAAUUCAUGAGUUGGGCAUAAUGAAAUAGAAAAGGAUGGCUCCUUUACUUUCUUGGAUAAUCACGAGUUACAAACCGAGAGGUUUAUUGGCUGCUAAAUAGGUUUAAUUUUUUUGUAUAUAUAGUUUAUAAGAACUCAAUCAUCCAAAAAUAUAUAAUAUGUCAUAUAUAAGAAAUAAAUAAAAAUAAAGUAGGUUACACCCUUAGGUUUCAUCUCAUAAUUCCACUUUAAAAACUGCAUACAAUAUGGAUGUAAAGAUGGUGUAGAUCUAACACUUCUAACACAUUUCCAAAAUGGGAUCUACCAGGAGAACCCUGGAUUAUGCAAGUUAUAUCUUGCAUAUAGGACUCAUUUGGGUUUAGGAUGAAUUCUAGCUGUGACAGAGAUAUAUUGCCCUCACCUUGUGGUACAUAUGAGCAGUCAAAAUUAUUGUAGUGUUAUAACUGUAUCAAACUGGGAUACAAUACAAUGGAUGAAAGAGUUAUGUUGUCCUUAAAUAGUACCUGACCAAGGAGAGUAUGACCUGUAGUAAUAUGUAUGAAUAUCUUACUUAAGUUCAUUGAAAGGUCCCUAUUGGUCAUCUUACAUAUUAUACAGAACAUGAGGUUAGCAUUAGCGUGAAAGGCAGAGGAAAGUCAUUUUUAGUCCUCUCCAUCAUUUUCUCUGAUAGAAAUUCACCCAAUGUCAGUCAGGAAGUUGUUGAAUGACUAUUGUGCUAAUUGUAGGUAACAAUUUGAUACCAGGAUAUUGAUUUACAAUUGGUGGCUGGUAACACAUCUUUCCAUGCCUGAUCAUAGAGUGAAAUUUAACAGCAAAUAAUAAAUAUUAUCAUGAGAUUCUGUGCAUUCCAAUGUGUACAUAUACACAUGGGUAUAUAUUGAAACAGAUGAAAGAUGGAGUUGUGGAGAAUCUAUAUUCUCAAGAGUUUAGCAGUUUAUAGCAGUACUCUUCAAAUCUGCCUUCAGGACCCAUCAAUAAUAAACCAGUAUCUCAACAUUACCCUGCUCUAAGACACGUGAGUGACUCAGUCAUAGUCAUCUGAACACUGAAAAGGAUAUUCUCAAUCUCGGCCGCCUGUUGGGUUCAGAGAGCAGAAUUAAAAAAUACAAUGCUCACGUUCAACAAACGUGUUGUCUACCUUUUGGCCAACCUGUUCUGAACUGAUAGGUCCAAAUAAUAACAAAGUAUUUAACCAGGAAAGGUACAACAGAUUGCUCUGGUUUUCAAGCACGUCCUGGGAAAGUUACUUUUGCCCAAUUUAAUGGUACUCGUUUUAAUUACCUCAAAAGUAUGAAGGGCUGAGUUGACCCUGCCAGGAUUUGAACCUGCAACCCAAGGGUUGAACAGAUUCAAGUGUUGAUGCAUUAGCCCACUGAGUUGUCUCAGUAUUGUUGUUAUACUUAUGUAAAACAUUGGUGGAGCAAUUGUCCUUCUAUAAUUUUGUAUCUCGCUGCUUGAAACUUUAAAUACUGCACUGUAGUUCAGUUAUUUCAUUAGCAUCAUUGAUCUUUUUCAUGUUAAUAACUAGUUUGUUGGUUUAUCAGUGUAUUCACAGAGACCUUGCAGUUAGGAACGUGUUGGUAACAGAAGACAGCGUCAUGAAGAUUGCAGACUUCGGACUGGCCAGAGACAUACACAACAUAGAUUACUAUAAAAAAACUACAAAUGUGAGUAUAUUUACCUGACUGAUAAUGGAGUAUGCAAUAUCAGCACAGUACUGAGCAGACCGAAUUUUAAUUAACUAUUCUUCUUAUUACUAUCCAAUAUACCCUGCUGCUCAGGACCAAAUGUCACUGCAUUACAAUCAACAAAGUCUAUUCUCAGAUUACAAAUGGAUUUGCAUAUGAUACCUGUUAUGAAAACUAUUCAACACAUUUUUACCCUCUUUCUGUGAUAGAAGAAGAGUCUUUUCUGGCAGGUUCAAAUCAGCCUUAUGGUUUUCUCCAGGUUAUUAAAAUGAAUACUGUUUAAAAGAUUCAUAAUAAUAUUGACACCCCUAUGGCAAUAGCAAAAGCUACAUAUACCCUUUUCAAUUGAUUGAUUAAUAUUUUUCUGCACUGUCCAGCAAAUAGCGCUUUUUCUAAACCAGUUAUAUUCUUUGAAUUGGGGCGUGGAAUACAGCCUUUCAUUUCAGCUAAUACCCCUAAAAUCAACAUAUCAGUUAACUUCUGUACUUGUACUUAAAUAUCACUUGCCCAUUUCAAGGGUGCCCUACGAUUUGUAUGAGUUACAGAAUGAGAACCUGGAGAUUAAGGCAUGAGAAUUGCCCCCAAACAAUGAGAAUUACCCUCAUGGGUUGAUAUUUUAGCUGAUUAACAUGGUCAUUCUUUUUUUGUUUUUUUUACCGAGCAACCAGUCUUUUUUGCCCAGAGGAUAGCUGAAGUCAGCAUGUCCAGUGGAAGCUUUGGAUAGUGGAUUAAUAGAGUAGAUUGGAUGGUGCCAAUGUGGCUGCACAAAUAUGCUGAUGGAUUAGUCUUCUUUGUCUUCCCAAUUAUAGGGUCGGCUGCCUGUGAAAUGGAUGGCUCCAGAAGCAUUGUUUGAUCGGGUCUACACUCAUCAGAGCGAUGUGUAAGCAUUAUCAUCUCCCCCUUCUCUCCCUCAGCACAUUGCAGGAAAAUCUGCCAAUGUGUAUACAGUCUAAAGGCUUUUAGAAGUUGCGCACCCCACUCAUCCUCAUAUUAGCUUAAACUUUUAGAUGCCAGAUUGUUUGACCAAGCAUUGUAAAGUCCCAGAAAUGUCUCUGCAUGGGCCACAAGGUCUUUGUAAAUGUAUUAAGGUGUUAGGAUUCAAGGUAGUAACACUCUGCUGCUCUUUUAAAUAAGCCAGUGGCUUAAGAGAACACUUCACACACCUAAAGCGCUUCAGCGUUACAUGACAGAUUAUAAAAGUUCUGAUUUCAAUAGACAUCAGAACGUUCAUAAUAAGGGCAGAAUCACCUUGCUGGCUGUCAGUCCGAGAUCCAAGGAGGUUUUCUUCCUCUUCCAUUAGCUUCAGAGAGCGUUACAAAAGUACCAGUUACGCUUGACCAGGGUGCGCCUGCCUUCCCUCCUGUCUCAGUGAGUUGUAUUACAGCUCAUUGAGAAAGCCUCUGAUUGGAGCAUUUACCGGCACAGUCCGAAACGGUUUCUGGUACCCUACAGAAUUUCGGAUUUAUGUCUCCUUAACCCUUCACUGUGUAGUAGCACAUCUAGCUGUUUUAAGGUUCCACAACUUGGUCAUUGUCAACUUAACCAUUCAGUGUAAAGUUCCAAAACUAGCUAAUUGUCAGCUUAACCCUUUAGUGUAAAACGUUGCAGCUAGUUAUAUGUAAAGCUUUCUUGCUUGCCAUAUAUGUAACUUAGUCCUCGAUUUAAUAUUUUGGCAUAUGGUUUUCAAAUCAUUUCAUAUUUUGGGCUAAAUAUUUUUAAAUUAUUUUUUUUCUUCAAACUUUUAAAAGAUCAAAAAAAAAAAUCAUAUAUAUAUAUAUAAAAAUUCAAAGUAUUAAAAUAUUUGUAAAAGUUGGGUUCAAAUUUUAAUGUUAAAUAUUUUGAAAAGCUUAUCCAAAAGGAUUCAAUCAAAGCCUUUAUCCUUAGUCAUAAAUUUAUCCAACCCGACUUUUCUUUCUGUCUAGCCCUUCAUUGAAAUUUGCAAUAUUUUAAGCCUCAAUAGAAGGAUCCUAAGACAGCCACGUGUUGACGUAACCCUAGCAAAAAGCCCGUAUCAUUGAUGACAUUUUUAGCAGUGCACUGGACAAUAAAUGUGCUGCUGACUCCAAAGAUUAAUCUUUGUUUUCUGGACGUGGUAGUAAUUAGCAUUUAUAGUUCAUUGUUCUCAUGCACAAUUUCUCUUUUAACCUACUCAUUAGCCUUGUGGGUGCAACGGAUAGGAAAUUUGUGCACUUAGAAUUACAAACUAAAUAUAAAUGACAGGAGCUGCUAAUUUUAAAUGCAGCAUGAUAACUAUAUAAAAAAAAAAGGUUAGGAAUUAAAAUAUUUUAUUAAAUUUUGUCUGCAUACAGCAUAUGUGAAGUCGUUCUUAGACUGCCCUUGUUCCCUACAUUUUCUGCUCCAUAAAAUGAAAUAUUCAGGAGCUAUCUCUUAAUUAAUUUUCAUUUAGUUGCAUAUUCCUGGUUGUAAUCUAAAGGUCGGUAUCACUUUUCUUCAUUCAUGUCCUGCGGUGCUGUAUUCCAGCGCGGUGAAUCUGUGCAUGAAUAAUUUGAUUUGUUCCAUUGACUCAAGCCUGUGGAAGUCUAAGCAAUGAAUGAGUAAAAUAACGAAUGGCCUGUCACCCAUCUGAUUAAAUGCUCAUUUCAAUUUCAGACUUGGUGCCUAGAAUUAUUUUUUUCGGUUCUUUUGAGCACGAUCUGCAGAGAUCGCUAAGUAACCAGUGAAAAUGGCCCGGCAAUUAGUAAUGCCAUUGAUGACUCUGUUAGACCCGCAUGGCUGCACAUAAAUAGCCAAUCAUUUUUUAUUUUUUUUUUAAGUGGAAAAAAUCCUUGUGAAUUUUACAUUUCGUUCUUUUAUUAUCCAGAUGGUCAUUCGGGGUGCUGUUGUGGGAGAUAUUUACGCUUGGAGGGUCACCAUACCCAGGGAUCCCAGUAGAAGAACUCUUUAAGCUCUUAAAAGAAGGUCACAGAAUGGACAAGCCAGCAAACUGCACUCACGAGCUGUAAGUCACUGAGCCGUGCCAUCUACAUGAGGCACAUCAUUGUCAAGGUCUUUCGUUGCUUUUUUGCUGGUGUAUUAGCCCGUUGAGUGACAACAAUGGGUCACUUGGGUAGUCACAGCUCUAUCAGCUUACAAAGAAACACUGUUUUCAUUUACAUAAACAUCCAUUUCAAAUUAUACUAUUUUCAUAGGAGAAAACAUUGGCACCUCUAUGUUUAGAACUUUGAACAGAUGACUUUGUUAUUGUGUAACUGGGUGAGAUUCCAAACAGUAUAGAAUUGAAGAAAUGGACAAAAAUAGCCUAGUUGGGGGGAUUUUUACAAUUCGUUAUGUGAAAUUUCCUUAGUAGUUCUCUACAAUUCCCAGUUUAGGGAGUAACCAAAAUAAGUCUAUAUGUGUUUAUUCCUAAUGAUCAGGGUGGUAUUCUAAAUAGCAUCAAUAACUGGUACAACUGGUGGACUGAAGGCUCCUAGUAAAGCUUCUAGGGUCUUCUUAUAUAGCAAAUUAUGUAGCACUAGAUACAUUGAAAUUCCAUAGCACUAGAUAUAUUGAGUAAUGAGAAUAUGGUAUAGAAAUAACUAGUUUUAAUAGGACAAAACUGAGCAGUACAGCAGGUUUUGAGAGCUGUGACCCAGAGCAUAAAAUGUGGAGGACAAUAAUAUGCCUGAGAAGUUGAUACCUCUUUGGGUGAAAUAUUGAAUCAACACCGUAAAGGAGGAGACUAUAUUCAAAAGAAGAGGACAUAGUCUUAAAUUAGAGGGGCAAAGGUUUAAAAAUAAUAUCAGAAAGUAUUACAUUACGGAGAGGGUAGUGGAUGCAUGGAAUAGCCUUCCAGCUGAAGUGGUACAGGUUAACACAAUGAGGGAGUUUAAGCAUGCGUGGGAUAGGCAUAAGUCUAUCCUACAUAUAAGAUAAGGCCAGGGACUAAUGAAAGUAUUUAGAAAUAUUGGGCAGACUAGAUGGGCCGAAUGGUUCUUAUCUGCCGUCACAUUCUAUGUUUCUAUGGAGGCUUGUUGCAGGAAAUAGAAGCAUUCAGUAUAUAUUUUUUUCUGUUUAUUGUUAAUAUGCCUCUAUUUAAGGAUAGAAGAGACACAAUCCCUAAAUUAUAUCUGUUUGGAUAUAGAAAUGUCUUUCUGGAUUUCACAAUGAUCUGUAUUUUUUUUUUCUGUAGAUAUAUGAUAAUGAGAGAGUGCUGGCACGCUGUCCCAUCACAAAGACCGACCUUCAAGCAGCUGGUGGAAGACCUAGACCGUAUCCUCACUGUGACAUCUACUGAUGUAAGUAUAAUUGGUUUUACAGAUGGGUUAUUGUUAUGUUAUAUUUAAAAUACAGGUUAAGUUCAUUCUUUUUGUUUCUGAUCAAUGUUUAAAAGUUGUGAUAGUUAAAGGGAUACAAUAGUGCCAGGAAUACAAAACUGUAUUCCUGGCACUAUCGUUCCCUCUGGCUCCUCGCGCCCCAUCCCUGCGGUGGUAAAUAAAGGGCUAAGAACUGUUUAAUUACUUACCUGAUCCCAGCGCCGAUGUCCCUUAGCGCUGGGUCGUGGCUCUGCCUCCUCCAAUGUCCCUCGACAAGCGGACGCUAAUGCACAUGGGCAGCAAGUGCAAUAGGAACACUGCACCCAGACCACUUCAAUAAGCUGAAGUGGUCUGGCUGCCUAUAGUGUCCCUUUAAACAUGGCACUACAUUUUUCAUGAUGGCAACCCAUAAAUCUUCUAGGUCCUAAUACAUAAUGUAGAAACAAACUUUGUUUAGUAUGAUAUUGGGUUUUCAAAAUAAUUAGCAAACCAGCUAAAAUGUAUCCUUGCUCUUUUUGUUGUUUCAGGAGUACCUCGACCUCUCAGUGCCAUUUGAGCAGUAUUCGCCUGCUUGCCAGGAUAGUCACAGUACCUGCUCUUCCGGAGAUGACUCUGUGUUUGCCCAUGACAUUCUUCCCGAUGAACCAUGUCUUCCUAAACACCAGCAAUACAACGGUGUAAUCCGAACAUGAUUCCAGAAGAUAACAAACAUAGACGAAUGUAGACUUGAGGCACGUGGACAAAAUUGUCCAGUUUGGCAAGGAUUGUAAUUUUUUUUUUUGUUUUUGAGCCGUAGAAUUUACUUGCUGUACAAGAAGUCACGAAGCACUGUUUGGCCUGAAGGAACUAAUCUUGUGUCAAGAUAGAAAAAAUAUAUAUAAAUUAAAAUAUAUACUAUAAAUAUAUAUAUAUAUUUUAAAGAGAUUGUUGAAACUUGGGAGUCUCGUAAAAGCGACCUCUUGUUAUCCACUGUUGAGCGACCAUUCUGUGCCUGUAAUGCAAAGAAACGAACCAGAAAGAAAAGACAAUGCAAGACAUUGUGUAGAAAGAAAGACUACACACUUGUAAAGAAUGUAAAGAAACAAAAACCUUAAAAGAAUGUUUUUUUUUAUAUGCAAUCUCGUGAACCUUUUUGGGUGGAUCUCAAAGGCUAUUUUGAGGCCUGGCAAUCUCAUUACUUUUUAACCUCUUGGUUUUUUACAUUUAUGGUAAAACAAACCUGCACAAUCACAAUUAUGAUAAGCCAUGAUUUCCAUGAAAAACAUUCACAAUAAUGACAUAACAUUUAAAGCUACCACCAAUGUAACUGUAAAAAAAAAACCAAAAAAAAAAAAACACAGUAUAGUACUUUUAUAGUUUGCUCAAAUAACAUAGUAAGCGCACACCACUCCACCAUUUUUAUUGUCUGAUCUUAUGGGCAAACUAAUUUUCCUUUGAGGGUUUCAGCAAAAUAUGUUUCCCCAAUAGCUACCAGGCCUCUAAACAAAAUAACAAAAAAGAUCUUAUUUUUUUUUUUUUUUUGUGAAUCUUUCUAUAAGCUAAAAAGUUGGAACAUGAGCUUGUCCGUGUUCUUCAACAGAAUGUCUGUCCAAAAAAAAAAUGAAAAUAUGAUCUAUAGCAUAGCGCAGGCACUGAAAAAACUAAAUUGUAGCUCCCUUCCACUGGAGACUUAACUAAAAAAAUAUGUUAUGAAUAAUUGAAAGUAUGAACUAAAUUGGACCGCAGUGCAAGACAUUUGUAAUAAUAUUGCAAAGUUUUAUUUGCCAAAUUGCCAAAUAUGGUAUAAUUUGUGGAAAGUAUUAACAGACUGAAAACAAGGUGUUGUUCACAUGUAUAUGUAUAUCGUUUUAAAAUUUAAAAAAAUCCCCAUUUUUGUUUAAGUUAAAAAAAUAUUUUUAUUAGUCUGUUAGCUUAACACAAACCGCUAAAAAUGUCAUUAACAUUGACACUUUAGCAUUGUCAAUUUAAUAUAUUCUCCAGUCCUUUUCUAUAUAUUUUUUACUCACAUGGAACCUAUAUUUGCAUAUGCUUGUAAGCGUGCAAUUUCAAAAAGGUUUGUUGCAGUAAACCAUGUACAUAUUCAUACAUGUAUAGUGUAUAUAAUGUUUAUUUAAAAUCAGAAAUAUAUUAAAGGGACAGUAAAAGUUUUUUUUAUGGCUGUGUUAACGUUUGGUCAUUUUGGCAAUUCUACUACAUUCUUGUUCUGAGAUUAAAGCAUGUGCUGCAUUUAUUCUGUAGUAUUAUAUGGUUUCAUUCUCUCAUAAUGGUAACUGAGAAUGUAAAGUGUCUAACCAACAUUUUAUAUUCCAUUAUGCCUGUAGGUGCCAAAAACAUCUUCAUUUCAAAGUGUAUCUUUAUACCACCGAUUGGAAAUGUAGUACACUUGCCAGACUAAAAACACACAGCUGUAUUCAAAACGACAAUAAUAUAAUUCAAAAGUAAUUUUUUUCUAUACUGUCCCUUUAAAACAGAGCUGUCACCGGAAAAAAAAUUAAAAUCACAUUAAUCAGAAAAACAAAAAAUAUGCUUACGAGGGGAUAUUUUAGAACACUUUUGAGCCAUUUUUAAUAGUAAUUUUUUAGGUCUGCUUUUAAGUACUAAUCCACUCACAGAGAUCCUUCGAGAAAUACCUUUUCACAUUUUAUAAAAGCAUUGCAAUCUACGAUAACACUGAUCUGGUCAGUAUAUAUUGGUUUUUAUAUGGUCACAGUUUUGUUUUAAAAAUUGUAUUUUUGUUAAACUUGUAUAUUUGUAAAUGUAUUUAUAGACUUUUACAUAUGUUCUAUGGCUUAAAUAGAUUUAACCUUACUGUAAACAUCUUAAUUCACAGAUUUUAAGUUUUAACUUAUUAACAGUCAGAAAUGCUUAUAUAAAUACUGCUUUUAUUUUAUUUCUGGGGUUGAAAUUGAACAUUUAUUAAAAAAAAAUUAAAAUAAAAAAAAAAAGUGAGGGAAAAAAAUGUAUAUUACCUUCUAUUAGUUAAAUUUAAAUCGUUUGAGUGCCAGAGAGUUGGCCAGCAUUGGACAGUGUUGGCUAUCCCCUUGGCACACAAUGGAUUCUUUGUAUAUGUUAAUGUAUAUAUUUUCCAUUUUUGUAGAAGCAAAUGGCACGGAGUCAAAGUAAUCGAUUCACCACAACUUUAAAAAGAAUAGUCUAAUUUAUAUUAUCUAUUUUUUAUCUUAAUUUACAUUGUAAGAGAUCUCUCCGGUUUCCUUAUUUGUUUAACCCGUUAGGAGUGCCGAAGCAGUACAUUGCUGUGCAGUGCGCUGCUUCUCCCUCUCGUGCAGUAAGGGUUAAUGUUUUGGCCGAACUAGCAAGAUCAUGCAACCGAAAAAAUGUAUAAAGUCUGUUGAAAAAUAAAAUCUUCGAAACAAGUCUUUGUGUAUUUUAGAGUCUUGCUCACGGGACGCUAAUGUUCAGCGGCCAAUGCUGACCUUGAAAAGGGUUUGUCAAGGUCACAUUUUUAAAAUAAGGCUGCUGUAAGGGUUGUGAUGUCACUGAAUCUGUUUGGGGUACAUUACAUGUAUUGGUUUAUCCUGGAUUGCAAUGAAAAAACAAACUUGUUUAUUGCAAUAUAUUCAUUGAUCAAUUUAGGUAUGGUUUUUUUGGGGGGGUUUGGGAGGAAGGGAGUUAAUAUUUUGUGUUAUGAAGUAUUGUUUACUAUAACUUUCUUAUUUUAAAUCACGGUUUGGUGUUUACAUGCCUUCUAGAUGUAGUAGCAACAAAGCACCAUAUUCAAAUUUCAUUUUCUCCUUAAAUGGAAACUGUUGCUAAUAAAAAAAAUUAUAGUUAAAGCAAAAAGUCUUCUGAGUUUAGAUCUUUUACACAAUCUUUAGAUUUAGAUUCUGUAAAAAUCUCUAAAUAAUAUGCCUUGAGUGUACCAGAGUGCCAAAUAGUUUGAACGCACACUAGUGUGUUCAAGAGUGAUUUAUGCAGACACGAUUUGUAAAAUGACACCUUUUGUUCUCAAGAUGCUAAUUUUGACCUUGACAAAGUUAGCAUAUAGUCCGCAAUAAUUUGGAUUGGUAUUGUCUAUAAAUAAUGUGAUGAGAAGUAUACCCUAAUUUGCUUCUUUAGGUCUGUGCCAUAUUAAGCUCUUCCAAAGGAGGAUGCAAGUUUAUUACAAGUGUUUUUAUUUUAAUUGAUUUUUUUUUUAUUUAAAAAAAGAAAUAUUAAUAUUUUCUUACAAAUGUCUGCUAAUUGUGUACAUUCCAAGUACCUAAUGCUUUGUUUUUUCAGUACUGAAAAAAAAAAUUGUACAAAAUUGUGCAUGAUUUGAAAUGUUACUAGAUAUUAUAAAUAUAUAUAAUUUAUUGAGGUUUUACAAAAUGUAUCUGUUGUAGACAUUGACCUAACAUUUUCGUAUUGAAUGCUUAUAUAGUUUUAUAGCCGGAAUUGCUAUCUUUAAAAAUUAAAAGAAUCUGAAUUUCUUACAUUUUAUACUGUUGAAAUUGCGUUCUACUGAUUUUCCUGCAUAGCUAAAUUUUGUUAGGGAAAAAGGAUCAGUUUUAUCUGAAUAAUAGACUAUGUCUGACCAAUGCUGCUGUAGUGGAGGUGUUAUCACAAACACCAAACCCUGUACCAUUUUGCCCAAUUUUUUUUUUGUUUUGUUAAUGUCGCUAACUUAACUUUUACCAAAACAAUAAAGACCAACAUUACUUGUUAA